AUGACACAAUACAUCGACGUAGCUGGAAAACCGCACCUAAAGUCGUGCAAACCGAUCGGCCAUCCACAGCCGACCAUCAAAGUGAAAAAGAUUCGGCAAUUUCGAUAAGGUAACCGAUUGCGUUGACAUUAUUACAAGGCCGAGAUAGCCGGACAAAGGCAGACAAUACUGUGGCAUAAACCAUAGAACUCGAUAUAACCAAUUACUGAAAGGUAAACAAAACGAAUGGUGAACUAUAGAAAAUGAAACAAAAUGUGGGCUGAAGCCCUGAAGAUCAAAUAUCUAUCAGGUGUAAUAUUUUUCAAACAAUAAAUAAGUCAGGUACCAGUGGAAGCAUUAUCUAUCAAGGGAAAAUCCCCCACGGUACCUGUAUUUAAACCUGGAAAAAUAAGAAUGAAAAAGACUAAGACGGUAAGCCGAACCAUAUUAUUAACUCCCUAUGAAAUACCACUGUAUCCAUUGUAAUGUCAUUAUAAGGUAUUCUUCCUUCUAUCACCGUUACUCUUGACAAACAACUAUGCUGCUUUCGUCGUAAAAGAAAAUUAAAAAAAAAAAACGAACUCAAAAUAUCUGACAUGACAAAAACCUUUUACAUGAUAUUAUAGACACACACGCGAAAAUACUGCCGACCUUUUUCUGGCGUGAAUACUGAAAAGACGCGUUAGUGUACAUUUAUUAUACACGCACGGCCAACAGUUAUUUUCGAGAAGGUUAGGUUUUUGAGAAGGCCCUUUGAACAAGUUUCUAAUAUUUUCCUACAUAAAUUUAUGUACGUAAGCAUUUUACAAUACAUAAUACAAUUAUGGGACAUGAACAUUUUGUACGAAAUCUAAAUCAAGUGAUCGGGUGACGAUAAAACAAAAAUAUAAUUUUUUAUUAUUAUAACGAAAACUUGUGUCUGUUAUAUUAUAUUAUAUCAGUUCUAAACGAUUAAAAUUCAGUUAUUUAAUUUUAUCAUAUUCGACCUAUUAUUAUUAUUUCGGUUGGACUAAUAGGUAUCUGGUUCAACAAUCGAAUAAAAAAAUUAUUGUUCUGUGGCCUUAAUGGAUUCCCUAAACUGUUGUGGUCGAAACCGGGUUGCACAUAAUAUUCUGCAGUCGACAACGAAAGGUCGGAAAUAGGGUUAAAAAAUAUUUAGCGCUACUUUAGCCGAAAUCACACGUAUAUUAUUUAUAUACUGUUGAAGAAUAUAUAUAUAAUAGAUAUAGGGUUAUUUACCCGGCAAUUUCAGAGAAACAAAAAAAAAUUCAGAAAAUAAAUAAUACAAAACACUACCUACACUAAAAUACCACCGGCGCUGGAAAAUAAGUUAUUGCGCGGAAAGUUAUUCGGAAAAACUCGAGCCAAUAAAUUAUAGUGGCAUGUAAGGACAAAACAACCCUCUAAACAUAUGCAUGCGCUGACCCUUUUUAUCAUGUACAAAACGCAUACGUGUUUUGAUUCUUUCAUCGUUAUAUCAUAUUAUAAAUAAAAUAUGCGCUACAGUAAUAUUAAAACAGUUGUAAUUACAAAUAAGGCAGUUGGUGAAGGGGCGUAAAAAACAAAUGACAUUAUUAUUUAUGGGUGUAUCAUUAAUUUGUGUGUUACAGUCAUCAUAAAUACUUAUUAAAAACUGUUUUAGAUUAUUUAUCGAUGUUUAAAAAGCUAUUUAUAUAUAUUUAUAAUAUUUUACGCAUUUAAUAAAAGUUCAUAUUUUUUCACCGUAUUCGACUUUGAAACGCGUAUUUAUGAUUGUAAACAUAAUAUGUAUUUGAACUUCGUCUUAUACUUCGUUUAUCUCUUUUUUUUUUUUUUUUGCUGAGUUUUUAUUAUUUAGCUACAUCAUUUCUGUUAUUUUUACUCUACAACCAUAAAACAAUAAAUAAUAAAUUAAUGUCUAAAAUAUUUUUGAACAUAAAUAAUAUUUGAUAGAAAUAUUACUAUUAUCUAUAUAUAGCAUGGGCGAUUUUUAUCAAACAUUAUCUCGGGAAAAUUCAAAAUUAUGUGGGCCACACUCUUCCAAUGCAAUAUAUUACAUUAAUCAAUGUGUCCGAUUUUAAAAUAUCCAGCAGCUAUUCAUUUGUUACACGCAAAAGUGAAUAAUAUAUUCGAUAUUAUAUUACGUAUUAUUUAUUACUGAAGAUUUAAAUUGGUAAUAAAAAUAAUGUAUUAGGGAACUAUAAUUCCCAAAUAAAAACUUGAUACAAACAGCGCAAACCUUUAUUUUUAUGAAAAUAAUAUUUGCAUACAUUGACCAACUGUAAUUUUUUUAAGUCCUUAACCAUCUCGUCAUAAUUAUUAUAUUUCAAUUUACCAACUGUUUUAAUUUUGUUACAGUUAAAAUCAAUGAUGUAUGAAAGUACUUGUUCAUACCAAAGUGCGUUAGACCUGAAAAGGGUGGCAAUGUCAUCACCGCCUAAUAUAAAAACGGAAAAUGACUGUCUUCCGACUAAUACACCACAGUGGCCAUCAGUAGGAGUGGCUAGUUGUGCUUAUAGGUAAAAAAAAUGCAAUCAAGUUAAAUAUACGUUUCUGCCUAAGUACAUGAUUUGUUUACGCUAAAUUAUGUACAUUUGUAUUUGUUAGGUUUGCGUGUAAUUCCACCUUUGAACAGCUAAAACAAUCGGUAGAAAAAGCGAAAGCUGCACUACAAGAUCGUGGUAGUUACUUGUCGUCCUGUGAUCUCGGCACAUCACCUUUUUGUCCGGCGACACCGUCGUCUAGAACACCCGUGACAUCUCAUCCAACCACUAAUUCGCUCGACCUAUUCCAGGAUGAACAAAAUAACACCGACAAACGAAACAAUUGUGAGUAAUAAUAUAUACUAUAUAAAUAAAUAAUAAACUAUUUGCAUAAAAGUCUGAAGAAAAAAUAUUUUAUAAAAGCUGAACAUACUUUAUACCCAUACCCUCUUUGGAGAUGGAAAAUCACAAAACAAUUCUGUGUUUCUACAUGAAAAAAUUUGAGCAUUUUUACUAACCAAAAAAGUAUUUUCCAAGAAAAAGAAAAACACACAGAAUUUAUAAUAAAACUAUUCCUCGCUACACUCGUAAUCUAAUAUUUAAAAUAAAAAAUAAUAAAGACCAGUAUAUUUUUUAUAACAACGUAUUUAUCUUCUUGUAACAUUAAUACAAUAAUUCAACUGUUAUUAUAUUGUUGAGAAAAUAUAUUUCUUUAAAAACAAUAAUAUAUUAAUAAUAAAAUACCAUUGAAAAUCUCCCAACAGUAUAAACAUUAAAGAGUAUUAUAAUAUAUGUAUUGUCGGUUUUUUCGCAACCAUAGAAUAUAAAGCGAAAAAGGAAGAAAACAGUUUCCAUGGAAACAACAUUCGGUCGUCAUCCUUCAGUGGUUUUGUACUUUUGGCCCUUUGAGAAAAAAUGGCGCGUUUUUGGAACAAUCACACUGAGCGACCACACAAUACAAUAUAUAUAUAUAUAUAUAAAUGUAUGUAUAUAAUAUAUAAUCUAACACACCGGGCGUUCGGAAACGAAUAUAGGAAAGAAAGACAGCAAAGGAGUAAAAGAAAAUUGAGUACAUCCGUUGGAGCCUUUUAGUAAAAAAAAAAAAAAAACGAACGUAAAAUACUUUUUAAUGAUAUACCAGGGACAUCGGUUUUUAUUAUUGUGUACUUCCGACGACCGUAUCAGACCACGCACAUAAUCCUUUUAUGAUUAUCAUUUCCUUCCUUGAAAAAUAUUUUGUAAGGUUUUUACUACAGAUAUACUUAAUAAUUUAUUUAUGUUAAUAAUUUCAAACAAAUCUUGAAUACUAAAACUUGGAAGAUAAUGUUAUAUAAUAUAUACCUACCUAUACGUUUUUUUUUUUUUUUGAUAAUUAAGUUUCAUUGAAUAUUAUUUUUUUCUUUUUCAAGUUACUUUAGUUUCUUUAUAUUAAUUGUUUGACAUUUAACAAUAUUUAUAAUUACAAUAAUAACAAUAGUAACAAUAGUAACAAAUAUUGAAGAAAUACAAUAGAAAUUAAAGUUAUGAAUUGUACUUUUGAUUAGAAAAGUAUAUUAUCAAUAAUAAAAAAAAGAACAUACUUCGCACAUGGGUGCAGCCACUGAUAUAGGUGAGAAGUUGGGAAGAUAGUAGAAGGGAAAUUUAAUGUAUAUCUAUAAGUAACAAUAAACCAUUGCUAACGAAAAAACGAUUCUGAACGGAGUUCAGUUGAUAGUAUUGCAUUGUCAAUAAUAUUACGCCAUGUUAUGGUAAAAUAAUUACAUAAGUAUUAUAUAUUUUCUUUGAUGAUAUUUGAUUAAUAUUGUACCUAUUUUCCCGUUUUUACUGAGGUUUUCUUGGUUUUCCCAGUCAGAUAUUAUUUUAGAAAAUGUAAAAUCAUGUAAAAUCGGAACGAAAUUACUGGUAGAAAAGUUGUCUACAGAAAAAAAAGACCGUAAUAUUUUACUAAUACAUUUCGUAAAUUUUCCCGUUUUCCUCAGUUUUUUUCUAAUUUGUUGGGAAAACUGUUGAGAAAAUCUUAAAAAGACCUCCCCAGUCAAAUUUUCUUAUCUAAUCUAACCCAAUUUAUUUUGCCUUCAUCGCAUUGGUAUAUUUAUAACCAUAUUGGAAGGUAAUUUCUCUAAAAAUAGAAACCAAACAUUUAUAAUAGCGAUUUAGAUAGCAAGAAGAAAAAAACACGACUAAAUACUAUUCCAUUCAGAAUCAUUUUUCAUUAACAAUAAUCUACAAAUCUUUUACAGAUUAUAAGAACUUAGUUUUUAAAAAAUAAACAAAAGCAUCACACAAACUAACAUUAAAAAAAUCAUGAGGACAAUAAAAUAAUAUUAUACACAUUAUAAAUUCAUUCCGAAACAAUUCUGAAUAAAGCUUAAAAUCAAAAUGUUUUAAAUAUAAUAAAUUACUGUUACUAUACAUUUUUUCUUGAUUAUUUCCACAUUUCAGAACAUCAAAAUAUAAGCGAUUAAAAAGUUACAUCUUGAAAAUACCUACUAUAUAAUAUUUUUUAUAUUUAUUAUACUGAAUUUAUCACCAAUAAAGUUGCCUCAAAGAGAAACCAUUGUACAACUUUUAGUUACUUUUUCUGCUCGAAUACAAAAUAAAAUCAGUUAUUUCUAAUUCAUAUGAUAUGUGUUAUCAUUUUAUAUAUAAAUUAUAAAUAAUAAAAUGAUAAAGUAAAAACAAAAUUAUUAAAAUGGUUAAUACUCAUAAAUAAAUGUAUAAAUAAAAAAUAAUAAAUAAAAGAAUGAAUGCGGAGACGAGUAUUAUGAUAAAUGUAUUAUACGACCGGUUUUGAAUUAAAAAUUCAUCAUCAGGUAUAUCACAGUCAAAAUGUAAAAUGCGACUGAAAAUAAAAAUUAAAUGAAGGAAUGCAUAGAAAAAAAAAAAUUAUACAAGCUGGUCGUUUUUAAACAACCUCUCCUAUUAAAAUAAAUUAUUUCUAUAUUCUAUGUAAAACGACCAACUUGUGUAAUUUUUUUUUUUUCUAUGCACUCCUUCAUUUAAUUUUUAUAUUCAGUCGCAUUUUACAUUUUAACUGUGAUAAACCUGAUGAUGAAUUUCUAAUUCGAAACCGGUCAUAUAAUACACUUAUUACAAUAAUCCAGGCGAAACAUUCAUUCCUUUAUUUAAUAUUUUUUAUUUAUUUAUUUAUUUACUAUAUAAAUUUUAAAAUGAACAUUAGACAAUAUUUAAACUUGAAGUAAGUCAAAUAAAUUCAGAUAAUGUCUUACAAAGCAAAUAAUGUUUUAUGAUAAAUGCAAAAAACAGAGAGAAUAAAUCCCUCUUAUUUCAAACUUUUUUCUUUUAUUUUUAUUUUUUAAACGCUUUUGUUAUUCUUUUUCCAACACCUUUUUAUAGAUAAUUAUUUUUCCAACGUGAACUAAAAAUAAUGGAUUUCAUACAUAAAAAGAGGGUAAAUUAUCAUUAUAAAAAAUAUAAAAAAAUAACAGCCAUGAUAAAAAGAAGACCUCCGGAACAUUUAUACCGAUUCCAGGCGACGAGCCGCAACGAUAGUAUCCUUUUCCGGUUUUCCGGUUAGUUUUCCUGGUGCAUUUUAUUUGUCACAAAAGAAAAAUCAUUUAACUAAAUAAAAUUAAAAUAUCUAUUUAAAAACAUUUUACAGAGGCUUGUGUUUAACUACGCAAUUUUAAACUUUUAAAUACCCAAUUCAUGAAAAAAUAUGUUUACCCUCUAAAAUCAAUAAUUAAUAAUAUAUUGAUAAACAAUAUUAUGCAAUAUAAGUACUAUUUCGUUCCAAUAAACUAAUAUUUGAUUUAUUAGUUAAUAUUAUAUAAUAUAACCUCUAUGUAGUUUUUCAAUUUUUUUAUGACCAUUAUAAAAAGAUAUCAAAGUAAAAAAUUUAAAAAAUCAUUUUCCAAACAUUAUAUUUUGUAAAUUUGUUUGUCCCUAGAUAUUGAUUCGUCUAAUAGCAGAUACGAUAAAGGCUCUGGAUUGAUGCAUCUAUCAUCUUCUACUUCAAAUGGUAAGAUUUAAUUUUUUUCCGAAAAGUAAUUUGUAUAAUGUUAAAGAGUUAGAAUGAAACGGUUUCCCUCAUAUUUUAAAAAGUUAAUAAAAAGGUACUAGAAAAAAAUAUACUUAUAUAUACAAACACGAAAUUGCUCUUUAAACGAAUCGACGUUCAUAGUUUUUCAAUUCAUAAAAAGAAAAACGUAUAGAUGGUUUAAAAAUGUCUUAAGAAUUUCAUUUAUAAAAGAAAAAUCAAUCAAUUUAGUGUGAUACGCCAAUAAUUUAUAUAGCAGUAUGAUAUUACAGAGCGUAUAGUUAUUUCCAUCUCUUGCAGCAUAUUCUGAAUCAUAAACUAUAAUAUAAUUAUCAAAAUCGUAUAAUAUUUUACAGCACAAAUGCUUAUCACAUAUAUAGACCAAAAUAUAUUAUAAAAUCUUAUAUUAUUAUGUACAUAAUAUCACCUAAAAAUCACGCUUUACUGUUUUGCAUUUCAUGUAUUACUGCAUUGUUGAUUGUGAUUGUGAUUUUGUUGUUACUUAUAAUAGUUGAACCUAAAUCAGUUGAUCAGGUUAUUGUAUUGUAUCUAAUAAACCAUUUUUUUUUUUUUUUUUUGAGUCACAGAAUAGUUUUUUAAACUUUAAAUUAAAAACAAUUCUAUAAUAGUAUGAUAGCAUUAUAUUUUAAAAUAUUACAGCUUUGUGUAAUUUUAAUUUAUUUUCAUUUGAGUGUCCCGAACUAUUUUCAAAUACUAUUUUCAUAUUAUAUUAUUAUUUAUUAUAUAUGUAACAUAUAAUUAAAUAACGAAUAUAAAUUCCAGUUAUAAUUCAAUUAACUGUAGCUAAACUGACCAAAUAUAAUAUAAUUUGAUAUAUAGUAUACGUCUUUUAUACUAGAAUACUAUAAUAUUAAUACAAUAAAAUCGCGUUACUUUUUUUUGUAUACGUUAACUUGUUUACGCUACGUCACAAAAAUUUUACUUAGAAAAUGUUUCGAAAAUAAUAAUCCGUAUAAAUCCGUGGGCGGAGACGAAGAAAACAACCCCCCCCCCUUAUAAUAUUAUAUAUAUAAUAUAUUGAACGAUAUUGAAUUAGUGUAUGUGUUGGAUGAAAAGGCGAGCACGUUUUCCCCCCAUUGACGAUAGUGUGUUUAUCUCCGACGGAGGUUCGGUUUUACGGGUAGGGGAAAACUGUCAACCCAUCGGCAUGAGGGUCACAUGCCGUUGCCAUGGAUACUGUCGUCAGUCAAAUGGCGGCCAGCCACUCCGCCUCUAUCAUCAUUCCUGCAGCAGUUCGGGAAAUUUUACUUUCUUACAUGUAAUAGAUUUCUUUUUUCUGUUUGGCAUUGAAUUAUAUAAGAUACAAAGUUGAGAACUAUUACAAGUUAAGUUCUUGAUUUUAUUCAGUUAAAUACGAUUUCUUGAUUGUCUUUGUUUAUAUAUUAUACGUAUAUAAUAUUAUAUAUCAGGGUCCUGCAGUGACGUUACAGUGAUACGCGGUUAUAAAUUAUAAUACUCUUCCAAUGGUAACUCACUGUUAUUAUAAUAAUUGCCUAGUUUCAUUAUACAUACUCGAUAGUAUUCAAUUUUGAAAACAAAAUUAAUAAUAAUGUUCAUCCUAAAUUAACCUAACUCAAACUAACUUGAACAACGUUGGAGUGAUAAAUAUCAUAUACUGCUAAUUUUGCGUGUACUAUUUAGAUUUAAUAACUGACAAACACAACAAAGUAUAAUAAAGAAAUUCAAAAAAAAUAACCAAAAUAAAGAGCACAUAGAAAGAAGGAUAGAAAUCCAUUUUUUCAAAUUUCAGACAAUUUGAGAUCAUUUAGAGAUCAAACCACUAUCGCAUGUUGCAUUUCAUUCAGUGAAAAAAAGGUUCAGUUUUAUAAUAUUAAAAAUAAAGUUAGAUGCACAACUCAAAAUAUGUACAAUAAUAAUUAUAUAGUAUAUAGUUAAAAAAAAUACAUAACCAUAUAAUUGUAGAAAAGUUUUAUUCAUCUGAACAAUUUUCAAAAAUGGACUACUACCUUACUUCCCGUGUCCCCUUUAUGCAUCACACAAAUUUUUAUUGGUGCAAUUAUAAAGCAAACUCAUUUAUUUUAAGGUCUUAUCAUACGAUCACUUAAGAAAUAUAUAAUUUUGAGCAACAUAGAUCAUUGUUAACAAUAAUAUCAUCCCAACCGAAAAACCAAAAUUAAUAAUAUAUUAUGCAUUAUGAAGAGUAGCGUAACUAAAACUAUUUGCUUGAUACCUAGGUGAAGAUAGAAAGAUUAGACACCCCAUAACAUAUGAUUUCAUCAAUAAAACAAUUCAACCCAAAUUUUAUCACUUCAAUCCAUUUAUAAAACUAUAAUAUUCCUGAGAUCAUUUAAUCUAAAAGGAACAUCGAGACAAAAUAUAAACGAGUAUAUGGAUAUAACUAUAAUGGGCAUGUAGGGUAUAAUAAUCUUUAUUUUCUAAAAAAAUUGUAUUAAAAAUUACAUUUCGCAUCAUUAUUAUUACAUAAUAAACCAUGCAAAUAUUUAUUUUAUUUUAUUUUAUACGGUUUAACAUAUUGAUUAAUACUUAUCCUUUGGUUUUUAACUAAUUUCAUAAAUAAAUAUUACCAAAAUACCAAAAAUCAAUCCUACAUCCAACACAUAUAAUGAAAAAAAAUAGUUCACCAUUUUUUUUUUCAAUAUUUUAUACAGGUUUAUCAUCCGUAGGAAAAUCAUCGUCGUAUUUGCCAUCAUCCAUAUCAGAAUCAUUUAGAUCAUCAUCUAAGUCAGGUAAUAAUUUUUUUUACUAUAGAAUUUAAUUAAAUAUUAUUUUAGAUACUUAGAUAAAUGUUAAGUAAUAAAUCAAUUUGGUAGAUUUUAAAUUGAAAAUUAAAUAAAUGUACAUACUAAAUUAAGCAAAACAAACAAUUAAUACACUGGAUUUGUAUAUACUACUUGAAAGAAUUACUUUAUGAAAUAAAAAUAACUAAAAUUGUGUGCUAAACUAAAUAAUUUUCGAAUUUAAAAUAAUAAUAUUAUGUUUGUUCUGAGCACCCAAUAAUACCUAAAAUACCCACUAAAAUACUAGAUUUUUUCGUUCCAAAUACUGAGGCUCCACUGCUCCAGACAAUGUUAUCAGUCCUCUUACAAAUUUAAAAUAAUUAUUGUAUAUAGCUUAUAUAAUACUAAUUAUCCUGCCAACAUUGCUUUUACCAAAAUAGAAAACAGAAAAAUUAUCAUCCUUAUCAUCAAGGAAACAUAAAUAGUAAAUACCAAUAAAAACAAUAUGUAUUUAUUUGUUUUAGUUUUAUUUUAUUUCAACCAUAUUACCAAGAUCAACAAAAAAAUUAAAUGUUCGUACUAAAAAUACCAAUAACCCUUUAUCGACCCUCUCCCCUUUAGAUUUUGAGUACGAUGGGUUAAAGUAGCCUAUACGUUAUUCCUGGUAAGGAACUAUUACCAUGCCAAUUUUCAACUCAAUUCGUUCAGUAGUUUGGACGAGAAGUUGUUACAAACAUGUAUUCAAUCAAUAAAAUUUUCACGUUCAUAAUAUUAAGUAGGAUUUUAUUACUUAUACGCAGUAGCGGCGAGAAUGAAAUAUAAUUGAAUCACGUGAUUCAUAAAUAAACUUGUAGGUGGGUCAUGGAUACCUGGGUGUUCAGAAUAUAACAAAAAUGAUAAUGUUUUUACAAUACAAAAUUUAUUAAAAUAAUUUUAAACUGCGGAAAUUUGAUCAAUAUGUAGUAGGGUGGGAAUAUUAUUGGGGAUGGGUGGGUGGAAAAUUAAAUCGGCGAUUCAAGGUAAAAAUACUUCUCACUAUCACUGCCUAUACGUUGAAUAUUUUAUUCUGAAGUUGUAGAGUUAUUUUAAAAAUACUCAAGUCCUAUAGGUAUAUAGAAACUUCUAAUUUAAAUAAGAAAGAAAACUAAAUGUACGAAACAUACGUAUAUAAAAAAUAAAAUUCCAUAAACAUUUUAAUAAUCAAUUAUACCUAUUAUAUAAUAAAUACAGUAAUACGUAUUUAUGUCGAAAUGAAUAAGGUACUAGAAGUUACUAGAAAAUAAAGUUUCAUCUAUCUAUGAAUGUUUGUUUAUAAGAUGGUACAAAUAAAUUUGUUCUUUGUAAAUUAUUGUGUAUACUUAAUUAAUAGGUAUAGGUUAUAUAUAAACUGUAUAGUACCUUACUAGUGAUACAACUAUACUCAUAUAAUUAUACUUAACAGUACAUGGGUUAAUUCACAUUGCACUUAGUUAAGACGAGUUGCUCUUGGGUUAAAAAGAAAAUAAUAGUCAAACUACACUAAAGUCAAAAAAAAUGUUAGAGAAAACAAAUUAAUUUAAAGUAGCACUAAUUUCCCUUCACUCUUAUAAUUUAAUUUUUGGGAUUGUUAAAAAUGUGUUUUUUAAUAUAAUAUAUACUGUAUUAUAUUAUAUUAUAUUUAUUAGGAAUUGUUUUGAAAUAUUAUAAAUGUGAAAGUUUUUUUAGAAGGAUGGAUGUUGGUUACACCUUCAAGUAAAAACUAUUGAACAGAUUAAUCUAAAACAUAAAUGUAGUUCUAGAUCACGAAUAACAUAAAUAUCUAACAUUAACAAUGUUUGAUCCAAGUGCAGUUUAAACAUUUUAAUUUGAGUUAAACUGGCAAUUUGACUAUCGCCUAUCAGAUAUAUUUCUGUUUUGUAAUUUUAGAUUCGUAGUGUAGCGAGGAAUGCAUUGAUUUUACAGUUAUUUAUUAUUUGUGAACAACUUUUUUUUCCAGAAAUAUUGUUCCAUUUUUCAAAUGUAGUUCUUUUUCUGAAAAAUAAAUGUGUCUGGGUGGUACUUUAAGAAGGUCAUUUUUUGAUUUUCCAAGAGAUUUUUAUAAUAAUUAGGAAAAGACAAGGGAAAUUGUAAGUACAUGUAUAAAAGAAUUUCGCUCCGAAGAUUUCCGUUAGCAAUUGUUUAUUGUUGCGUUCAAAUAUAAAUUAAAUUCCCCUCUAUAUCCUACCUUUCCACUUUUUACAUAAAACUGCUUAAUCUGUGAAUAUUAUGAUAUUUCAGUGUACUAUCAGAUCUAUUUCUAUAUUAUUUAAUUUUAGAUUCUCAGAGGAGCGACGAAUGUAUUCGUUUUACAGUGUUUAUUAUUAUUUUUUUUUUAUCUGUGAACAACUUUUCUACCAGCAAACUUGCUCCAAUUUACAAUGUUAGCACUUUUCUGAAAGGAAAUUUGAUUGAGGUGGUACUUUAGGGAAUUCUUUUUUUGAUUUUUCCAGGAGUUUUCCAAUAAAUAGGGAAAAAAUAUAGGAAAACGGGAAAAUAGGUACAAUAUUAAACAAAUAUUGCUAGAGAAAAUAUAAUAUAAUGCAUACGUAAUUAUUUUACCAUAAUAUGACAUUAUGACACAUAUAUUGUUGAUAAGCACCACUAUUAGCCGAACUCAGCUAAGAAUCGUAUUUUCGUUAGCAUUGUUUAAUUGUUGCGUACAGACAUACAUUAAAUUCCCGUCUAUAUGCUACCUUCGCAAUUUCCCACCUGGCUGUACCUAUCCCCAUUAUCCUAAGACAGCUUUUUUAAUAUUUAACACAAAACAAUAAAAUCUUCCCAUAAGUAUGGUUUGUCAAUUAUAUAAAUGUUUUAUUAUUAUAUAGAAAUGCAAGGAAAUUUGAAACAGUUUAGGUUAGCGGUCAGGGUUGUUUAUAAAUUAAUACACAUACCUACGUUUGCAGUGCAAUAUAUGAUAUUAUUAUAUGUCAAAACACACAACAGAAAAUGCGACCGAUUUUGCUAUCACGGGCACAACGAAAUAGUGAAUACAAAAAUACAAAAAUCAACAUUGAUUAUCGUGUUUAUUUCUGCCGCUAAUUUACUCUCACGGGGUGUUGGCGCGGGCGGCUUUGUUGGGCUGUAUAGGUAUACUAUUCAUAAUAUAUAUAAUAAUAGCGUGACUGGCAAUCGCUUUUUUUUUUCUGGCAAUAAACUGUAUAAAAGCCGCCGAGGUGUCUCUUCGUGACAGUCAUCGAGUCGAACAAUGCAAUAUAAAAUUUCACAUAGGCGAGUUCGUGGAGGUUGUGGGGAAGGGGAGGCAAAAGUUAACUCGGUUAUGAUUAAUGGUCUCGGCCCCCUCGCCAAACAACGCUACAGUCCAUCCCUAUUAGCAAUAAAUAAAAAUAUAUACAUUUCGGUUUUUUUUUUUUUUUUUUUUUUGUUUACCCAGUAUGCUUUGUCUCGAGGCUUUCAUUCGUAUCCACCCUUCACCCUACACACACACGCACAUCCACACAAAUUUAAACACAUAUUAACCUCGGCAUCAUAAAACAUUUGACUCAAGAUGUAAUCAAAACCGAGAAAAACCCACCAACCCGUAAAAAAAUGAUAGGAUUUUUAUUUUAUUUAUAUCGAUACCGGGGACAUAUUAAUAUUAUAACAUUAAAGUAACAAUAGAUGUACUCUCUAGUUAUCUCUGGAAAACUAGGUUUUGUACGCAGGUUUUUAAGUUCAACAAACAAAUUAAGAGAAAAUUCAUUAAAUUUGGAAACCCAACCAAAAAUCUUUUAUUCCUAUGAAUAUAGGUAUAUAUUCGAACUUUCAGUAAAUUAUAAGAAAAGUCCAAUACUACUGAUAGGUGUACCACUGAUUUUAGUGAGAAGUUGGAAGGGAAGACAUCAAAUCUAUAUACAUUACAGUGUAGGUAGGUAAUUUAAUUUAUAUCUAUACGCAAUGGUAAACCAUUUUUAACGAAAAACGAUUCUGAGCAAAAGUAUUAAUUAUCUAUUUUACCCCUUAAUACCAAUAGAUAACCCCAAAAUCAACAAAAAUUUCCAGUUUUUCCAAUUUAUUGAAAAAACUACACUAAAAAUCAAAAAAUUAUCCGAUUGUUAUACCAACUAGAUCAAAAUAUAUACAAGAAAACUCCAAUAAUGUUUUAGAUUGAAGCAAGAUUUCUAGUAGAAAAGUUGUUAACAAACACAACAAAAAAAAUUUUCGAACCUCAGGGCUAAAUAGAGUGUCCGAGUGUGCGCUGGUGUCCCUUGCCACUUUUGACCCUAACGUAGUUAAGUUACGUAUAAGAAUUGGAAAUUAUCUUAGACUAAUUAUUUUUAAUGACCAAGACCCGAACUUCCGAGCUCGAAAUGUAUUCACUUAAAUAAUUUAUAUAAUACGUAGUGAUAUAAGUGCGCGCAUUGUCACAGAGAACCCCUCUCUACAUGAACCAACAGUCACCCACUAUUAUUUUACAUAAUAAAGAGAAAAUAUAUUAUAACGAUAGUAACAAUAAUAAUAAUUAUUAUUGUGUUACCAGUGAAUUAAAUCAAAGUGCGCACGUCGCCGUCGGUUACUUUUGUCUGCCAUCAUCGAUACGACAUCAUGUGAUAUAUAUUAUAUCGCGUGCAGUAUCAUAUACGCCAAAAAAGUCUUUCGAUACGGGGACGCUCUUGCCCACCACCAGUGCAACGUCCACCCCACCCCCGAGCGACCACCACACCAAGUUUCGAACAUGACUAAUCUCUAUGGGUUUCCGUUUCGGAAUGAAAAGUCGGCGGUGGCGGCGUACGGUUUCCUGCCGUGCGCACGGCCCGAAAUAAUAGCCGGCAGUCCACACGCGUCGUGAGCCUUUGUGUCAAUUAAAGGUCCUUUCGGUCCAUUUCACCAACGGACGACCGCCUUUAACGAGCGACCCUUUCGCUCCGUCCCGCAACAACACAACCAUUGUUUGUUUAUGAUUAAAACCAAACGGGCCAAAAAAAAAACAGGCAUAAAGUAAAAAAAUAAAAUAAUACCAAUGUGUGUACACAAUAGCGUUUUUAUACGGAACAUCUUACAUGACGUUGCAAUAAUUUUUUGUUUCUAUAAAGACCUGCAACGAUUUCGUAUAUACUCAUUAUACAUUUGACAUAGGUACCAACCAUCCAUUACAUAAUAUAACUAGGUAGAUCGAAUAAGCGUAUCAACGUUAAGAAAAUUGAACUCUUUAGUUCAAUUUUGAAAAUUUAAAAAUUUUCCACUUUAAUAGAAACAUAAUUCACCGUUUUAGUUUAAAAUAUAUUUUUGAAAAAAUCGAACUCAUGCUGACUUUUUAAGCGUUAUAAAUAAUUUCAAAGAAUUUAUUGUAAUUUAAACUAUUGUAUUAACUGAUGUAUCAUAACUGAUUUUCGAGUUUUUUCGUAAGGCUAAAACAAUUUUAUUCAAAUAAUAUACAUAAUAAAAUGAAACAAAAUUUCAAAUAACUCUAAAUAGCUCAAAAAUCGGCAGAAUUUUUAAAACAUUUAGACAUCUAUAAAAAGCAAUCAUAAGUAUAUUCAAUACAAAAAAUAGCUGAAAUUGCUUAUGGGUGUGCCACUGUUGUAGGUGGAAUGUUUGGAAGGUAGAACAUAUAAAGUCAUUCAAUUUAUAUCUAUAAGCAACGACAAACUAUGACUAAAGAAAUACGACUUUGAGGGAAUUUGAGUUUCAAAUGUUUUAAAAAGCCUUAAUUUUUACGAUUUUCGUCGAAAUUUGAACUCAAAACUCUUAAACAAAAAAAAAAACGAAUACAUUAAAUUCAGCUUUUUUUUAACCACUAAGUACAACUUAUAAUGGUUCUCCUGUUAAAUUUUCAAGCAGUUCUUUUUUAUCAAACAAUUGUAUUUACAUUAUAUCUACUAAAUAAAAACUACUUAAAAUUAUCGUAAAUAUAAAAUGCCUGUAAAUAGCUAUAAUAACAAAAAAAAUAUCUUUUGGUUUUUUGAUUAAUGCAAAAUGUCUCUUAGAUAACAUAAAGCAUAGAAAUUUAAAGUAUUGAAAUCGGUAACUCUACACAGUGCCGUUAAUAUUUGUACGGUUUUUCUAUACCUACAUUUUUCCCAAUUAUUAUCUAAAUUACUUGAAAAAUCAAUAAAUGAACUCACUAACUAGAUUCAUAAUGCAACAAAAAAGAUUUAUUAUUAUUUUUUUAUUAAAGCAAGAUUUCCGGUAAAAAAGUUGCUCAAAAACAAAAAAAUAUAUAAAUAAAAAAAAAAUACACAUCUUAAUAAACCCAUUUCUCACUCCACUUAGAAUCUAAGGAAAAUAACCAGAAACCAUUUAUUCCUUUUUUUCCGAACAUUAAAAUUCUACAAGGAAAAUCAUAAAAUAACUUCUUUAAUGCACCAAUUCGAUGAAUUUUUAACCAGAAAAGUACCUUUUAUCAACUGGUAAUCGAAACUCUGAUAUAAAAGUUGGUCACAAAAAAAUAAUAUUUUUGAAAAAAGGAAAUAGCACACAUCAUAGUAAAACUAAAACGAUAAAAAUAAAAUAUAAUUACAUAAAUUAUAUACCAUUUAAAAUCUAUAAAACAAAAAUACAUUAACCAUAUUGGUGACGCAUAAACGAUUAUCAAACUUAUUAUAUAAUAAAUAAAUAAGAAUAUUCGCUGCAAAUAAGAAUACAGGAAGUUCUAUUACAGUGAGUACAUUUUCUCAUUUUCUCGGAAAGUAUUAACUUUUUUCGAAAUUUGUUUUAUAAAAGAUUUAAAAAACAAGCAGCUUUACAAUUUUGCAUGUAAUUGUUUUUUUUCGUACUAAUUAUUGGGAGUGAAACCACUACCUACUUUUGAUUUUCAAAUGGCAACCUAUAUUAAAAAAGCCAUAAAUAGAUGGAGUAUUAGUUAAAAUAAAUAUUUGAUUUCAAUCAAUCCAUUCACGAGAUAUUCCACUUUUCCCCCGACCCAAAUUUAAAAGUAGACGUAAAUGUAAUCCGUUGAAUUAUCAAAAUUUUUAGUGCCUAAAUUUAUUUUUACUAACACUCCAUCUAUCUAUAGCAUUUUUAAUAUAGGUUGCCAUUUAAUAAUCAAAAGUGGUUUUACUUCCAAAAAUAAAAACAAACGAAAAAUAAUAUAAAUGUAAAAUUGUAGAACGAUUUGUUCUAUAAAACAAGUUACAAAAAAACUUAAUACUUUCCGAAAUAAUAAGUGUACUAAUUUAAAUGGAAUAUUCUUUAAAUAUACGACCACGUGAGAACUGAUAAAAAAAACCAUUUGAACCCAAACAUGUGUUUAUGUUUUGAAAUAUUAUUAGCACCUGGUAUUUGAAAAACCAUUCUGUAUAUUAUUAUUAUAUAUUAAAAAAAAAAUAACGUUUUAACUUAAUCACACCGUACGACCGCAUCUAAGUAAUAUCAUAUAGGCGAAUUUAAUACAAUAAACCAAAGUGUUCGUUGCAGCGUUAUUGGUAUGUACCAUAUACCUACUGACUAAUCACCCCUAACAUCAAUUCAUUAUUAUCGUGUACACUGCUGGGCAGCCAUCACCUGUCUAUGUAUACAUAUAUUAUAAUCUACCAGACCGAUAAGUCUAAUUUCAAUUUGCAUUGUGUUCGUAUAUUAUUAUUGUUCAACCCCACGUUAUUGCGCGUCCUACGCAUGUAUAACUAAUUUAUAGGACCAUCACUCUAAUAUAAGAUAAGUGAAUUAAUGAACGUUUAUGAUGAUUAAUACUUAAUAACAAUAUCAAUUAUAUAAAUUAUAAUAUAAUGUAUUAAAAAUAGAUUAAAAAGAUAAGUAAAAAUAGAACACUGCAGUAUAAUGUAUAGGUGACAGUGAAGUAGUCAUAUAUUUAGGGGAAGGUUGAUGAUGAUCACUUUGAAAAUUUCCGAAAUAACACUAUUUUCAUUUUUUUUUUUUUUUCAUUUACUAUAUGUGGCAUUUAAAUCGAAAGUUCGUGAUUUACCAAAUCAUAAAAAUGUAUAAAUGUAGUUAUGCACAGAAUAAAACACACUUAAUUUUUAUCAAACGUUUUUACAUGUUAUGAUAAAAAUUAUGUAAUGUAUAUGUACAUCUUAUCGUUCACAAUAUUUAAUUUUUUUUAUAAUCUAAUGACGUGGAAAAAUUACGUACCAAUGUGUCAUUAAGCUAUAAGACAAUAUAAUACUUUUCAUCGUAUCAGUAAAAUAUUUAAAUCGUAGGUAUUAUAAUAAAAAAAAAAAGCUAAUGCUGUUGAUGGGUGUGCCACUGUUUUUUAUUGAGCGAUGAUAACCUAUUACUAACGAAAUAUGAAUCAGAACAAAUUAUUAUUGGCCAUUCAGCCCCUCCCCUUUUUUUCCAAGGUAACUCAAAAAUCAACCAAAAGUUAUUAUUUGUUUCUAAUCAUUGAGAAAACUAUAAGGAAAACAGUAAUCGAAAAGUAAUAAUCUGACCUAUAGAUCCAAUACAAAUUUUUGAUUUGUUGUUAUCGUUCCAAGCCGUUAAAUAUUAAAUCACUAUCAAUACGUGUUUUUAUUAUUGAGGAAUAUGAUAUUGAUACCAAGAUAAUCGAUAUUAUCAUAAAUCGUGAUGACAACAUUAAAAAAGCUGUAAAAACAGAUUACUAAAAGCCCUAGUAGUAAAUUGAAACAGCUGAUUCCUGGAUUAAAUUCUAUGAUCACAAAAUGAAUACAUUAUAACUCAUGGAUAUGGGCAGCCGUAUUAUCUUAAACCAUGAAGGAAAAUCAAAUUAUUACUUCCAAAUAGAUCAAAAAUGCUACAAGACAAUUCCAAUAUACAAUUUUUUAUCAGAUAACAAAUUUAAAAAAAGUCAUCAUUAUAGUAAAACAAAUUCAAUUCUCGCUUUGCUAAAAAAUAGUAUGUCAAAUAUGACAUUCUAUUGUUCAUACUUAUUAUAUUUUUUAGUGUUAAUUUACUCUCAUUUUACUCUUGUUUCAAUAAUACGAGAGUUUCAAAAAAUUGAAUAACAGAUGGCGCUAGAGUAUUGUGUUUCAAGCCGAUCGAUAUAAUAUUAUUACGAUCUUGUAAGGGAUGCAGAGGGUGUCAAAAACGGACAAAGAAAAUUAAUCACAUAUAGCGAACUACUCGGUCUAAAAUCAAUUAUCCUGUUAAAAUAAUGUUUAUAAUAAAUUAUAUAUUAUUGAUCACUUAAACCAUAAAAUAUCGUACCUUGUCAGAUAUCAUUAAUAUAAACAGUGAAAAUUUCGUCUUUACUGCGGGUUUGAGAUUUGUUUUUCAUUAAACAUUAGUAUUAGUUAUGCGUUGUGUAGAAUACAGAUUACUUAAGUUAUUAGCCUUGUUUGGUUGUUAAAUAAAAAAAUUAAUUGUGUACGGACGAUUUGUUGGUUUCGUUUAUUUUUGUAAAAGUUGCAUCGAAUUUUGUAGUAAGUAGGUAAUAGGUAUUUUUAGAAAAUAAUUUGAUAGACAAAAAAAAUUGAAAAAAAAAUUUAAUUAUAUUGGGUUAUUUUUCAAAUACUUUUAUAUUUUUUUUUUUUAUAUUUAAUUUUUAUUAGUCUAUUUUAAUUUCAACGAAAAUUAUACCGGUACCUACCUAUUAUAUUUUCGAAUUAUUAUGAAAAUUAAAAAAUGUAUGCGUAAAGUGUACGAGUAUAAUAAUUUAAAUUUAUUGAGCGGUUUAUAUUUUAACAUUAUAUGCAUGUAUACGGUAUAAGUAUACAUGUACCCAGUGAAAAUUCGAUGAUCCCGAAAACCACAUACUUGUGAUAAGAUACAGGACAAAACCGCAAAUUUUUUUAAACUUUUAUAUCCAAUAAUCGUACAUUUUAUAAUAAUGUAUAAUCUAUUAUUAUUAUUAAUAUAAAAACCAAAAAAUAAAUAAAAUAAAAUAUCAAACAUUAUAAUUGUAUCUUAAUUAGUGUUGUUCAAUAUAAAAUCAAAUAAAAAAAUGAUCAAAAUUUUAAACAAAAAGCCAAUAUUUUUUAAAGAAUUAAACAUAUUUAAAAAAAAAAAAAAUGCUUUUAUAAUUGUUAGUAGGAAUCGAUGUUUUUUAGAAAUUUUUAACGAUCUCCGUCCUUCAAAAAUUCUUACCGACAUUUAAACAAGUAUUCCUAAAAUUAAACACAAUAUAAUAAAAAAAAUGAUGUAUUACUAAUAAUAAAAUAUGCCCAUCAACUUGUUUUUGUUUUUCAAUUGGACGGAUAAUAUGUUCAUAUAACAUUAUAUUAUAUAAUAUUAUAUUUUAUAAUUAGCGUACAGUUUUACCCUACUAUAAGUGUGCAGUGUUUGUCUACUGACCAUUUUGGGAUAGAAACCACAUAUGUGUGGCGGUUUUCGGAUUCAACCUAAAAAUUACCAGACAAUUAUAUACCAAUACGCACCUGAUAUUUUUUAAUAAUAUAAUAUUGUUAGUUAUCAGUGUUCUCACAGUAUCAAUAUUAAAAAUUAAAAAAAACUUGAUAUGCAAAGGCUAUAAAUAAAACUGUAAUAUACCUUUAUACUGUGAAUUCAUGACGUCAUAUUAAAUUAAAUACCGAAUUCGCUGUGUGAAUAACUGAUCGAGUAAAUUAAUAUUAUACGGUUUUUCUGAAGCGUUUCAUAAAACAAUGGUUUUCAUUUGCAUACGAAAAUAAUGAUUUUAUAAAAUAUUAACACUUUAAAUGAUAUCGCUGAAAACCAAACUGAUUUUAUCGAAAAACCGUGCGUUUUUUAAAUUUAUUAUUUUCAAAACAUAUUAUAUUAUUUUCGACCAUUUUCCAGUCGUUUUCAAUAUAUAAUAUACAAAUCGCGUUACAAAAACUUAUUAACAAGAUUUAACUCACCUAAUAUAUGGGGUGAGGGGAAAAAAAUACUGUCCAUUAUUACUAUUUCUUUACAGAUGUUAUUACACGAGUCGACCCUUUAAACAAAAUUAAUAAUGCUUCUCUGAGUGGCAUGUUGAACGUUACAAAAUCAGAUAAAAAGUGUGUGUGUGGUUACAAGCGUGUCGCCUGGGUCGGCCGCGAUAUUCAUUCUCUGCUACGUUAUACCUUAUCGUUUCCUGUCCUCGACACAGCACGUGGACGACGACCGUAUCGAAAUAUGAUUUUUUUUUUUUCACGAACCCCAGUUAAGAGCUAACCAUAUCUUUGCAGGCAAUAAUAAUUGAGACAUGACUCACAUUCACAUCGUAGAUACCUUAUAACACCUAAUCCAAAUAUACAAUAAAAUGUAUAAUAUAUACAUCUAAUAAAUAUAAUGGAUGGUUAUCCUGUAAUAUUUGCAUAAAUACUUAGUACUUACAUUGUCUGUUUAAAACAAAUUAAGAAAAAUAACAGUUUAACAGAAUAAAUUCAAUCUAGAAAAAACAUUUAUUUACAUGUUUUUUUUUUUCUUUUCAUAGACAAUUCUGAAUACGUAACGAAGAAACUAUGUAUGAUAUUUACUAAAAUCCUCUGUAGUAAAGGAAGGCUAUAGAGGGAAAUUUAAUGUAUACUUAUUUGUACGCAAUAAUUAAUCAUUCCUAACGAAAAACGAUUCUGGGCGGAGUUCGAUCCUCGUUUUCACUUUAAAACCUGAACUAUACUGUAUAUUGAAUUAUAAAUAGUAAUAAUAUGGUUUCUAGUCAUAGGCCAAACGAAAAAAAUAGUGUGCGACUGGCGACAAAAGGGUUGAUACAAUAGUGUGAAGUAUUUUAUUGUUCGAAUGGUUUAUAAUAAUACGCGCCAAGUACUACACAGUGAAAAACAAUAGACCGGCUUGUAUACACGGGGUUUUUCCAUUAUAUAAUAUACGAUAAUCGCAUACUGUACAUUAUUUCUGACCAUUUUUAUAGCUAGGUACUCUAACCGUGUAUUUCGAAAGUAAUUAUACACUUAAUUACAGAACUGCUAGCAGGCCACUUUUAAAGGUUCUUUUGUGAUCCGCAUCACAAUUGCGCGCUAUUUCCUAUAUAUAUACGCCGUAUAAGUACGUACACGUCAUUAUCCACGUCCCAAAUUUUCACAUAAGGAAAUGUAUAGGUACCCCCCAUGCAGCACUUGUUGUACGCCCUAUCGGUUUUUACACAUUUAUUAACAUCGGACACGCGAAUCUAUCAAAGAUUUUCGUCUUGGCGCAUUUUCGUUUUUCAUUAUCUAUAAUAUAAGUAAAAUUAUACAAGACCGCUAAAAUAAUAAUAUUAUUUUAUGCGUAGGUACCUACGCAUAAAGAGAGAAACGGUCGAUUUUAGUGACUCCCUCGGCUACCCUCGAUCGUCAUGGCAACGCAUCGAUUGUGCCCGGGCGUUGGAACUAUUCCAAAUUACCUGCGGGGAUCUGAAAUAAUAAUUAUUUAUUUUACUAUCGUUUCUUAUUCUUACUAUGUACUACUUGACUUUUGUUCAUGAAACAAAUAUUUUAAAACUCGUAAUAUAUUUUUACACGUCGAUAAAAUUGUCGGUUCUGCCACAUGUAGGUACGUUUAAACACAAUACAUCUUUGAUCCCCAAAAAAAAGGGCUAAAAUCAAUUUUUGGUAUUUUGUUUGUAAUUUUUUGCUACUUAUUCCCUGGUACUGAAGAUACAGAGUGAUUUACUUAUCGUAACACAGUGCUUUUCUAGGAGGAAUUUAAGUGAAUUUGACUUCUGUUUUUAUCUUUUUAAUUAUGGAAUGUUGAAUGAAUAACACUUCAAAAAGCACCUCACCCCUUUUAAACACAGAUUCAAAUAGAGAAUAUUUUUCUAAAAAUAUUGAUAUACUUAAUACUUAUUAUACAUUUUUUUUUAUUGGAUAUUAUUUUAUAGAAAUAUAUUUUAUCGGAAACCUUUGCAAUAAAAAAAUUCUAUUCAGAAUCCUAUAUUUUGCUGGGUAGAACAUUGAUUUUAUUCCACAAAAAUUUAACGUCAGAUUUAAUUAUUUCUGGUGUGCCGGUGAUUAUUGACCAUUAAAGUGAUCCCGUAAUAUUUGACCGGUGGAGAAAGUAAUAAAAUUUCACUACCUAGAGAAUCCUUUCUCCCAGUCAAAUAUCUCUAAUGAAAUUCUAUUAUUUAUUAUUUUAUUAUGUUUUUGUUAACCGUAAACAGAUUACAGAUUUUAGAUUCCCCAAAGUAAACUAAAAAAUUCUAUAGUUUACUUAUCGUGCAAGUUUAACAGAUCGCACUAUGCAUAAUAUUAUAAUAUAACAAUCUAACACCUAUAUAUACCUGCAGUGUACCCUUCCGUAACCCGGCCACACCGAAAUAUUCAGACGGCCACGGCCUCUCGAAAGCCCUUCCCAUCACGCUACUGAACAUAUUGUCCACUCCGGCAGAUAGUGCGGGAUUUCCCCAAACGUACCGUGAUUUCCCGACAAAUUAUCACAUUUAUAUUAAUCACGCGUCUGGUCCCGCCGAAAGACGCCCCGGCGGACGACAAUAUGCUCGGUGUCGGCGCGACGGACCGACGCGGUUUAAUAGGCAGACGCGCGCGACCACCCGCGUCCCGUCGUGCGACAAUCGGUUUUUACGAGACGCACGCGUCGACACAACGGUCGACGUUGCAGCAGUCGCGCGGGCGGGCGGGCGGGCCGAAAACAUAUUGUGCAGGUCGACAAGCGAGCGCGCGCGCGCGCGCGUGUGUGUAUAAUAAUAAACGAUAUAUUUACCGGAUCACGUGGCCGGCCACUUAUAACCGACCGGAGUGUAUCCGUUUCGCCGAUUUUCACACGGUGGCCGAACCCCGCGACGAGCCGUUAUACCCCGUUUUUAUACUGUACGCAGUGGCGCACUGGAAAAAAAAAAAAAUGUUUUCUCGUUCUCCCCCUCUUCUCUUUUCGAAAUACAAUUCUCUCCCCUACGGUCGACGCGGCCGCGGACCUCGACGACGGUGCGUUGCGCGCACUGUUCACUGUCUCUCUCACUCGCUCUCUCUCUCUCUCUCUCUCUCUUUAUCUAUACAUGUACAAUGCCGCCGUCGCCGCCAACAAUGCACGGAUAAUUGGAUGGAAUGAUAAUAAUAAUAAUAAUAAUAAUAAUAAUAAUAAUAAUAAUAAUAUUAUAUAAUACUAGUGAAUGUUUUUUUUUUUUUUUUUACUAUUUUAUUUUUUUCUCGUCACGACGUACCGAAAUCGCCCGAUAAACACGCGCUCACGAUAAUUCAUGUGUCUAAACAGAAAUUUGACCGUGAGACUUUACUGCACGCAAAAUAUAUUAGAACGCACCGUGUGCAGGAGUCGACCCGGCGCUUUUACGAAAUUACGAAUUAAUUAGAAAAAAAAACAUAAAUUACACUGUAUUUAUAUAGCAGUGGCCAGUGCCGUUGAGGUUAAAAGCGAAAAAUCAUCACGUAGAAACCACCAUUCGGAAAAUAUCAUUUUUCUUCGCUAUGGACUUUCUACGACACCGCCGGGCGACGAAUGAUAGUUUUUUUGUAAAUAAUUUGAAAAUAUUGACAUUUUGUAACUUAAACAAAAAAAUGUAGGAAUACAUUUAUACAUAAUAUUUUGUUCCAAAAAAAUACCAGACUAUUUUUUAUUCUAACAAUUCAUUUGCACAUUUUCGAAUCUGAAUUUUACCGGCUGGAUGGCGUAGUAUAUAUACGUUUUAUGGCUUUAAACUACUGCUUUCGAAUUGAAUCUAAAUCACAUCACGCGUGAUAUACCUAUAGAAUCGGAAGCUUUUAAGGAUGGUUUUUAUUCCGGGCCAAAAGACGAAUAUAAAAUUAGCGUCGUGAUGUCUGCAGAAAGAGCAUAUAGUGCUUCUUAAAGGAUCAAAUGGCUUGGAAUGAAAUUGCGAACCCCGAUACACGAAAAUAAAAGGCAUUAUUUUUUUUCUCCCUUCCAACAUCGCGACAGACGAUCUACUACCAUGAGUUGCAAGUGAACAACAUAAUUUUUGCAUCAGUAGACAUUUUUCCACAUCAAAAUAUUUCACCCUUCGCCCGUAUUAUUUUUGAUAAACUACACAUAUUUGGCCCAAGAUAUACAUUUUAUAACUGCGAUCGUAUUUUUAAUAUUUAUAGUUUAUUUCUACUAAAAUAUGUAUAUACAGUAAGCACCUAACUAUAUUUAUUUAAUACUCUCCAAUUUUUUAUACAAGUCAGGAGAUAACAUGAGAAUAAUACAACAAUAAUAUCGUCAAAUGAUAUCUUUAUGAUUAAAAUUAUUCGAUUUUCUUAUAUUCAAUAGUUUUCAAGCAUUAUUAAAACUAUAAUCGCUUUAGAAAUUACUAAAUUUAUAAUUCAUUUUCAAAUUUUUAAAUAGAGCUGAUACUUAGGACGAAUAUGGUCACUGUUGUAGGUGGAUAGUUGGGAAGUUUCGAUACAUAAAGUUAUUUAAUUUAUACCUGUAACCAAUGAUAAACUAUUGCUAACGAAAAAUGGUUCGAAGCGAAGUUCAGUUACAUAUGUUUUUGAAAUGCCGUAAUAUUUUCACGAUUUUCGUCAAAAUUUGAUUUUAAAACUUCUAAAAAAAAAAAUUAAAAUACUACAUUACACUCAAUUAUUUUUCAACCACAAUAAGUACGACUUGUUAUGAACAUCCUGCUAAAUUUUCAAGUAUUUCGGUUUCAUCUAACAAUUUCUUCCACUGAGUAUACUUACCAAACAAAAAUUACGCGUAAAACUCACAAAAUUAAAAUGUCUAUAAAUAAAUAGCUCAAAAAUGACUCAAAUAUUUUAAAAAUUAUACCAUGUCCAGGAAAAGCAAAUAUAAGUUUUCAGUCAAAAUUGCAUGUCUUUAUGAACAUGUUUAGUUAAACUAUAUUUAAAAAAAAAAUUUUAAAUAUAACAGAAUUAUUUUUGUAAAUUUUCUUGUAAUUUCUACAUAUUUUUCGGUUUUGCUCAAUUAUUAAGAUAAAUAGAUACUUUAGAUAUCAAAAAACGAGCUUCUAUGUCAGUGGCUAUAAUAUGUUAAAAGAAACAAAAUUAAUAUCUUAUCAUGUUUCAAUUGGAGCAAUAUUUCUAGUAGAAAAUAGAAGUUACAAAAAUUAAAAUAAAUAAACCGGGACGUCACGUUGCCUAAAAUAUUAAUCAAUUUUAAUUUUUUAGUUUUUCUCGAUUAUUACCAAAAAAUAUUUUAGAUAUCAAAAAACAACUUUCUUUGAGAGUGGCAAAAUAUUAAAAGAAACAAAAUCGAUCUUUUGUUAUUUAUGAAUUCGAGCAAUAUUUCUAGUAGAAAACAUCGUGUGAACAUAAUACACAAUAACGACAAUAAAACGGCAACGCCGCGGUGCGCCGUAAAUAUUUAUCGUUUUAGCUACAAUUUUCUUUCUGGUUUUUCCCAAAUAUUUCAAUAACCCCUUGGAAAAUCAAAAAAUGACUUCUCUUUAAUGCACUGACUAGAUAAAAUUACCUUUCAGAAAAGAUGCUAUACUUGAUCUUUCGGAGCAACUUUUCUACCGGAAAAGUUGACUACAGACACAAAAAAUACAAAAAGAAAAACCACACAUCAUAGUAAAACCAAUAAAUCCCUCACUACGCUCCAAACUUAAAAUUGACUGACAAAGUAAAAUAUUAACACGCGUGUAUAGUGUGACUUCUUUGUGUUAAAACUAUUAAAAAUUAUCCGUGUUAGUUUAAAAUAUGUUUAGUUGACUUUCGAGUUCAUCGCGGUUUAAAUGUAUCUUCACGUUUUGCAAAUUCCUAUAGACAUAUAGAUACGAAUAAAUAUAAUUUCUUUGUUAAUUUAUUGUAAAAAUUUUAUAUUAUAUUCACUGUACGAUGCUAAAUAUUAAAUAUUAGGUAUACAUUUAAUUACGUGAAAAUAUAAAAAUCUGUUCAUAUUGUAUGCUGGAAUAAUUUUAAAUUAUUAUUCAAAUUUAUGCGUAUGACUAUUGACCGUGUCCACGUAAUCGUGUCCCAGUGUGCCUAAGGGUGUAGGUAAAACAAAUCAAAUCGUGGGGUAAAACUGCAUAAAGCAAAGGCAAAACCUACUAUUAAAUAGCAAUAAAAAUGUUUACCUUCACCAUCAUAAUAUAUAAUAUGAGGGCAUGCUGGAAAUAAUAAUACAUAUUAAUAUCGAUUGCAUAGGAGAAUAAUUUAAUGUAACUUUGUAGUAGCGUAUUAUUAAUAAUAUUAUGUAGCAGACAAAUUCGUAAAACGGGGAUAAAAACCAAAUAUUAUAAUUCCGUAUAAACUAUAAUAUCUAUAAGCAACGACCUUUCUAUAUACACUUUUAUUUAGUAGCACCCAAACACAAGGUUAAGUUCUAGUCUGGUGACCACAUUUGUGGGGUGAUAAUGGUAGUAGUUAAUAUAUAGAAUUUUUCUUCGUUAUAUAGAUAUUUUUUAGAGUAGACAAUAGUAAUAUUCGUAAAAAUAUUUCAAAUUUUUUUGAGUUUUUACUAAUUCUAACAAUGCUACUGUUAGCACAUUAACAUUUGUUUAUUAAUGUCGGGUUAGUAAUAUUCUGAAUUUUAAGUACAAAAUAGUAUAAAAUCAUGAUUUUUAUGAGCUAGAGAUAUGAUUUAUAGCAAUAACCCCCCCCCUCACAGUAAAUAUGUGCUAAUAUGCAAUAAAAAUGAUGAAAUAAGUAAAACUUUGCAGUUUCAAUACGAAAUACUUUUGAUCAAUAUAAAUAAACGUGAGGCGGGGGUACGGAAAACAAAUCAACCCCACGAUUCUGCUUAUAGUCCAAUAGGUAGGUUAUAACUGUAUACUAAUGACUAGCGCCGUUUCAAAACUGAAUCGACGCCACUGUGCUAUUACCGUUUGAAUAACCUAACCGUAAAAUAAUAAUAAUAUGGAAAUGAAUCGGUUUUUGUAGAUACAAUUUGUAUGUUCGCAAACUGCAUGGAUUGUGUAAACGUUCUCUCAACCAAUACGUACAGCAUAUUGUCAGUGAUUAAAACUAAUUCAAAUAAUUAUUAUCUAAUAUCUAGUAAUAAUUUUCAAAAAAAUGUACCUACUCUUUCGAAUUUCCGAUGUAAAAUAGUUUCUACAUGACUAUUAUAAUGUGUAUCUAGACGAAUAUUUCUCAUACACUGUUGUUGUUAAACAUUAUAGCAUAUCUAUGCCGAGAUUGUACAAUAAUAAUAAUAAUAUAUGAAGUGUGAACAUAUACUGAAACUACCUAUAUAUGUAGUUAACAAAUCGGAAAUAAUUUAUUGUACAAUUUAACAAGCAGUGCGAAGUAUAAUAAUAAUAGUAAUAAUAAUGAUAAAAAAAAAAUGUACGAAAAAAAAACAACAAUAUACGACGACGCGAAAAUACAAUGUAAUUCUAAUUAAAGUAUACAUACACAGAAGGAAACGGUGCACGUUAAUGGAAAAGACGAUAAGAAUAAACGUCGGAAGGAAAGGCGGAAGGAAGGAAGGAAGGAAGGAAGGAAGGAAAGAAUGCCUGAACGUACUUAGUUAUUAGCCGACACGGACGGCACGGCGCGGGGUGGUUAGACCGUAUAGGACAGGGGAGGAAUGCGUAUAGGUAGGUAUAUAAUAUUAUAGUGAAAUGUCCGACGAACGGACGGGCAGCAAACACGGCACGUAUGUUUUCUACCCCAGGAUCUCCCCCGCCGUCCACCACAGCCGCCACCGCUACCGUGUCCCCCCCUCCGUGUUCCCCGCUCUGGGUUUCCACGUCGCAAUAUCCUAUCCGACCAAUCCGGAAGUACUCGAGGGGAGUGAUUUGUCGUGGGCGCCGGUGCCCGAUUGGUCGACAUCGAUUUUCCCGACGCCGCGCCCCACACGCACACGCACGUCCACCGCUGCCGCUGCCACCGCGGCGCGGGCGGCUCCCUCGCGCGCGCCCACGAAGUCUCGGCGGGUCAGUUGUACUAUCGCGUCUGGUCCGAUAUCACACAUUCACUCCCGACCGAGUGUGUCAACGCGCCAAAGUCGAAAUCUACACACACACACACACACACGCACACUCGCACGCACCAGCGUGCACAAAUUAUAAAGAUAUUAUUACACACACUGACACAGCGAACGUUGUCCAUCAUCGUCCAAAACAUACAGAUAUUAAACUGUUCGAACACGACAUUAUAACAAAGGUACCCUAUUUACUGUCGCGAUAACCGAGACAUACGCGUACGAGCAAAAAUAAACUCGGCCAUUCGAACAUGAUCCUACACGUUACAACGAUCGUCAUCGUAUCGAUCGGGUGAACGAUCCGACGACUUUUGAAAACUAUGUUGGACAUCAAAACGUCGGACUACCUGAGCAGGAAUGGGACGUUUCCCAACUUAUCAAUGAUUUUCGCCGGUACGUGUCGUCAAUUAUUUUCCUAUACUAUAUAAUAUAUACGCGAUAAAUUAAGUUUAUUUUAGACUUGCACUAUCUGAGUAAUCAUUUUAUUACGUAAUUUUGCAAUACAAUUUUCAGUAAAAGUAAACAAUAUAAUAUAUUUAUAUAUAUUUAUUAGUUAUAUUAUGUUAUUUCAGAGGAAAUUCUUACAUAGAUUAUCUUGAGUUUAUAAACCUACAUAAUAAAUAUAUAAUAGGUAUGAGUUAUAACCGUCAUAUAACAUUACUGUAACAUAUUUUUGUUAUUUUUGAUGCAAAGGUAAAAAAAAAAAUGGUUUAUUCAUUUUGAGUUUUAGUUUUUAUUACAUUAAUAUGUCUAGAAAACAGAAAUUUUAGAUUAAUAGGUACUCAAUAAAAUAUCAAAUAUCAAAAAUAUAUAUAUUAACAUACAUAUACAAACAAAUCAAUAUAAAUACACAUAUUUAUAAAAGUAUAAGAAGUAUAAUGUAUAAUGUAUAUGUAUAAAACAAAAACAAAACAAAGCCUUCAUUAAUUCUGUACUUGAAGAGUGGCAUAUUUAUAAUGAAAUGAAAUAAAAUAAGUAUGUAAACAUCGUAAAUGUACAGAAUAAUUUUAAAAACACUAUUCAACACCAAUAUAUUUUAUUUAAUAAAUCAGAUUUUUUAAAUUUAUGUCAUCAAAUCGCGUUUUACACCUUUUCUAAUCAAAUUGGUUUAAUCCCGGUAUAAAAAUUGUAAUUUAUCUAUUUAUAUAUUAUUUUUAUUUUAUAUUUAGCCACAUAUUAUUUUUUUUGCUUUCGCUAUUCUAUUAUGUAUCUGAAGAUGAUUUUUUAGAUUCUGAGUGGAACAAAAAAGCUCAUGGUUUUACAAAGAUGUUUGUUUUUUUUUUCAUCUGUACGCAACUUUUCUACCAGAAGACUUGCUCAGAUUUUUAAAUGUAGCACCUUUUCUGAAAGUAAAUUAUUGCGGAGAGGUACUUUAAGAAGGUUAUUUUUCGAUUUUCUCAGGAGUUUUCUCAGCAAAUAUGAAAAACCGGGAAAAAAAGUAAGAAAACUGGGAAAAUCGGUACAACAUUAAAAAAAUAUCAUUAAAGAAAAUGUAUAAAGCCUAUUUAAUUAUUUUACAAUAAAAUAACAUAUAUAUAAUACAUUGUUGACAAAGCAUCGCUAUCAACUGAACUCCGCUCAGAAUCCGUUUUUCGUUAUCAAUGGUUAAUCGUUGCUAACAGAUAUACAUUAAAUUACCUAUAAUAGUGGCUGUACCCGUCUUCAUCAUCCUAGGACAGCUUUUUUAAAUCAAAACCAGUCAUAUUUCCACAUAACUAUUAUCAUAAUAUACAGGCUUUGUUUUAUUUUUAUAUGCAUAUGUCAAAUUUAUUUAUUUUGUAUAUAUUCCUAUAUAUGUAUAUAUUUCAUAUACUCGUUUUUAUAAUAUGUUUUGGUUUCACUUUAUUUAUUUUACAUACAUUUUUAUUUAUUUGAUACUAAUGUUUAUUACACACAUGAAAUAUCAAGUAGUAAUGUAAUCUCACCAGCAGUCUCUUUCGUAGUUAGUCGAGACAUUCCCGUGUCUCUUGAUCAAAUAUCUAAAAACUAUUUUUACUAUUUACACAAAAUACUCUAUAUAUAAACUAAAUAAAACAGUUUUAAAGAAAUGCACACAAUAUAUUAUAGAUUAAAUAAGUUAUACUAAAAACUAACGGCUUUUAAAUUAUGGAUUUAUUUUUUAAAUACCUAAAUCUAUAUCAAAACUCUAUAACAAUUAAUAAAAUAUACACUGUAAGUAUUUUAAAAAGUGUUUUCUUAUAGAUUAUUUUAAAUUAAAUAUUUUAAUUAAUAAAAUUAAUAUUAUUCUCUGAUUUUAUAACAUUCAAAUACUAGAUAAUUGACGAAAUAUUAUAUAUAUAAAUAUAAUAAUUUUACUUGAAUAAAAAUAAUUAGCUUAGUAGACCUAAUAAGUACUACUUAAUAUUUUAAAAUGUUAACAUGAGUGUUUAAAACUACAAUUUUCAAUUACUUUUCCAUUGUAUUUUACUUAGAUAUAUAAUUCGAUUGCUUAAGUUUUAAUCUUUAUUAAGUUUAAACAAAAAUCACGAAAUAAAAUGUAAGGUAUAAGAGCGUUCAAUAUUAUUAUUAAUUUUAUAAAUAGUCUAUAAUUAAUGAUAAUAUCGUAUUUAUAUAUUUAUAAGUAGCAUCAAAAUGUAUACAAAUAUAAACUGCCGGAUUUUAAUCAUUCGUAGGUCGUUUAUUUGUUUUGUUUAUAUAUUUGAACACCCGUAUUUCAUUUCAUUCUUUACGAAAAUUUUUACUAUUAAAAAUUAUAGGUCAUUUAAAAUAGUUAAAUAAUCGAUUUCUAACGGUUAUAAAUAUGAUUUUUUUUUUGGAGGGACACUCAAUCUCCUUAAUUUCCCUUUUGACCUACCCCUAAACUACAUGUCUAUGAAUAAUUUAAGUUAUAUAUUAUGUUUGAAUAUAUAUAUAUAUGUGUGUGUGUGUGUAUAUAUGGUGAUUAUUCUAAAAAUGAAUGGCGUUUAACUUAACAUUAUAAUUACUUAACCUAACUUAACCUAACUUAUAUCUACAUAAAUUAUAAUUACUACAACUUAAAGUACAACGUAAAUUUUAAUAAUAUGUAAAUAAUGAUUGUUAAUUUAUAAUUCUUUAUUAUAAACGUAUUCGAAAAAUACUAUUUAUUGAUAUAAAUUUAAAUUACUAUAUGUCAUAUACUAUCACAAUAUUAUUAUACACGCAUUCCGUUAAAUACAUAUAAUUUUCCUUCUUAACUUACGUGCAGUAAAAUUGCAUACCUCUAUCGCCGACAAAAACACUAUCAUAAUUCAAAGCUAUUAUCUGCUUUAGUUUAAUAAGUUUGAUUUAGUUUUCCCAUGUUAUAAUUCUAAUUGUUAUUAUUAUCUAUUGUUUCUAUUAAAUUAGUUUGUGCAAUUUUAAAUAUUGCAUAUCUAUUAAUAAAUCUACAAAAGUCAGAAAAAAAUAUAUUUUGUCGUUCACAAAAAAUAUUUCAUUAUAUGUAGGUAUGAUAUUAAUUUCAAUACAAAAAACAAACAGACAUACUUCACAUGAUGGGUGGACCAUAGUUGUAGGGUAGAAGUCAGGAGGGUAGAGAAGAAAUUAAAUAUAUAUCUGGACGCAAAGAUUAAUCAUUGCUAACGAAAAACGAUUCUGAGCGGAGUUCAAUUUGUACAUGUUUUGAAAAGCCAUACAAUUUACGAUUUGAAAAUAAUAUAUUUCGUAAAUUUUCCCGUUUUUCUUAUUUCUGUUAGUAAAGUUGUUAACAGAUAAAAAAAAUAAAUAAACAUCAUUGUAAAACCAAUACAUUCCUUUCUCCGUGUUCAGAAUCUUAAAAUACGGCCAUGAUUCGCAUGAUGGGUGGACCACUAUUGUAGGUGAGAAAUUGAGAAGAUAGGAUAUAUAGGGGAAUUUAAUUUACAUCUAUACGUAACAAUAAACUAUUGUUAGCGAAAAACGAUUUGGAACGAAUUUCUUUUAUCCAUGUACGUACAUUUUCCUAUUUUUCCUAUGUUUUUUUUCCAAUUAUUAUCAAUUAUUAUCAGCUAUAUUAGAUAAAAUUUUCUUUCGGAAAAGGUACUCCACUUGAAAAUCGGAGCAAUAUGCCUACUAAAAAAAUUGUUCGUUAAAAAAAAAUAAAAAUAAAUAAGCAUCAUUGUAAAACCAAUACAUUCUUCGUUACGCUUCGAAUCUAAAAUGAACUAACAUGGAUAUUAUAAUAUGAUACGUAUUUUAUUGAAGAUAUAUUAGCAACAUUAAAUUGAAAAUUUUAAAACUUAGCUAAACUUACAAAAAUUAUAAUAGGUUAUUUCAUUUUAUUUAUUUAAUACGAACAUGACCCAGAGUAUAGUAUUAUACAAAAUAGGCAAAAAGUUGCUCAUUCCUUUUUAUUUUUUAAAGGAUAAUAAUGAAAAUUCCCAAAGUAAAUUUUAAAAACUACUAAGCAAUUAUAAUAAUUAUAAAUUGAUUUUCACCUAUCUAAGGUUUCAUAACAUUCUUGUGAAUAUGUUGUCUCUAUUUUUGUAUACACAGUUAAUCAUAUAUUAAUUUUUUUUUUUUUUUUGUUUUAUAGAUACUCAUUACAAAGGAUCAUGGAGUACGCAUUCAUCAGGGCAAACACAAGGUAUGAAUUUAUUAGUUUAUUAUAUCUUAACAUGACGUAUUUAGAAUAGUUUUUAAUACUUAUAAACUUCAUGCAGUGUGCUCGUAUAAUAUAAUAUUGAUAAUUGAUUAUAUGGAUUGUAUCAACAUAAUAUUCAUUAAAGAAUUAAACUAUAAUUCAUAUUUUGUUCAAACAAAAAUAAUUAUGCAAUAUACAUUCCAUUAAAAACUUAGUAUUAGUUCAUGGCUAUUAUAAUAAGAAUAUAAUACUCAUACAAAAUUUAAAAAUCAGAUAUUAAAAAAAUUGAACAGAUUUACUUAUAGAAUAUUUGUUUCCUUUUUUUUUUAAUUCCGUUUUAUUAUAUGCAAACAAUAUUCUGAGAUCCAUCUUAUAUUUAUUAGAUAUUUAUGAUUAGAAUAUAAAACGGUUAAUUAAAAUAGGACAUGCGUAUAAAUGAAUUAGUUCAUAAAUACAAAUAGUAAUAUUAAAUUUGUAAAGUUUAAAAAAAAAACAAUAUGCCAAUACGACCACGUAUAAAUCUAUAUUAGAAUUCAAAACUGAAAACUUAUAUUCAAUAGAGAUAUAGAACAUUAAUAUCGUAAGCUACAUUGAGAUGGAAAAGAAAAGUCAUCCUAAAUAAACACACGACACGAUUGUCCGGCAAAAUCAAUAAAAUUCUAUAGAAGGGACCUCACCUUUUGAUCGUCGUCUCAACAUAUAUAUAUAUAUAUAUCUGUUAUAUUCGCUUUCAUUUUUUUUUUCCGUCCCAAUCAAGACAAUUUUAGGGGUGAAAAGGUCUAUAUAGUACAACAAAUGCGCUUGAUCACGUGCGAACACUAUCAAAAUGUUAUCGUCUGAGCCGUUUUGGACAGACAAUCAAAUAACAUCCGCACGGAUGAGCAAUUCUUCUUGCAUGUAAAGCAGAUAGUUACCCAUUGAUUUCUGUAGCCCCUGUCACUGAAUAGGAUUAUCAUAACUCUAAUAGAAAAACCGUGACGUGUAUAACGAGAUACGAAAAAAAUAAUAAUAUAGAUUGUAAAAUCUCCCUCCACUCGGAAUUUAAAAAAGUUAUAAUACACAUAGAAUAAUCCUUUAAAUUUGGUUUUUUAUUAUUAUUUAGCUUAUAUAAAUGAGUUUUACACGUGGUGUAUACACGUUUCUUUAAAUACAAGAGAUAUUUUUAUAUUUUGAUGAAAUCCAGUAUAACGUGAAAAUAACUUAUAAUGGUAUACCCCACAAAAUAAAUUACAAAACGAUAAUACUGCUGAUGUAAGUGCCAUUGUUUUAGGAGGGAAUUUAUUUAAAUGGAAAAGCACAUGAGUACAUGUCGAGUGAUUUGCUUUAUAUUUGUACACAACGAUAAACCAUUGAUAACGGAAAAACUAUUCUGAGAAAAGUAUAUUUAGUCCUAUUUUUCCCUUCACUGUAAAGGAAACCUAAAAAUUAACAGAAAUAAUAUUACAGAUUGUCAAUUUUCUCCAUUUAUUAAGAAAACUAUAAAAGGCAGAAAAGUUUUUACAGAUACAAAAAUGAAAACAAAACAUAUUAAAAUCAAUAUAUUCUUCGCUUCGCUCAGUUUAAAUUAUAUUGUGUAUUGACCAUAAAUUUUAAUUUUAAAAUAAGAGAUUUUAGGUUUUUUUUUUUUGUUUUUUUCAUUUAUUAUACAUUCAACAAUCAACAUGUAUAUUAAAAUCAAUAAAAUAUAUAUAUAUAUAUAUAUACGAACAAAACCAAUUUCAGAAAACAUUAUUUCAAUCGCUGACUAGCGUAUCUAAUAUAUUCAUAUAGUAAUAAUAUUAUUAUUGAACGACAAAAAAAAAUGAAAGCCGCUAAAGCUGUUAUACAAAUACCUCGGGGCUCCAUGCCGCGGUGUGAUAUAAAACAAACUGAACGCGGACACCUAAUUCCAUUAUAAUCUCUUAUUAUUAUUCGACCACCGUCAAAGGCCACAAGCAUAACGGUCCGAUGAACUUUGAUUAGACACAUCAAAGGCAUCACGUUAGUCAUACACAACCGGCGGCAUUACUGUAAGAACCGACGACGCCCUAGGCUCGCCACCAUCACCUUUGUAAAAGCGUCCAACUGUAAAAGCUGAAAUAUGACUAGGGGGUACUCGAUAUUAUAAAAAUUCAAUCAAAACACUUUGCUGCUGCAGAUACCAAAAACAUUAUACCAACAUGAUGGCAAUUUCAAAUUUGAUUUUGACUUUUGUCAACUGGAAAAUAAAAGAGUGGAAGUUACGUGCUUACAGAAAACGCUCGAGUUUACACCGAUUUUAUACAAAUUUUAAAACUGUGUACAAAAACAAAAUGGAUUUAUAAACUAUUAAAAACAGAUAAACCGUUGUAAAAGUCCUGAAAUCGGGUUUUACAUCAAACACAUACUCGUAUUUUUAUUAUGUAAAUUAUUUUAUUUUUAUUACUAUAUUCGUUAAGUAUUGAAAAGAAACAGGUGAAAAGGCAUUAAUGGCGAGCAUCUCUAUAGUGAAGAUUCACUUUAAAUUAUUACUCUUAUAUGUAAACAAAUUACAUGAUAACAAAAUUCUCCAAAGGUGAGCAUCCAUCAUGUUAUAUUAAUUGAGAUGUGUAUAUACGAUAAAGAAAAUCGAACAUUACCACAUUUGACGAUUUAAUACGGAUGCGUUUGAAUUUGAGCCUCUUUUUUGAAAUUUUUCGUACUGAAUACUUUUUCCUCGGGCAAGUAGACCGGCUUUUCCCCAUGCAAAAACUCAUUGUUAUAUUUUUUAAAAAACCAAAAAUAAAAUAUUGUUUGUAAACAGUUUUUUUUUUCACAAAACCAAAAAUAGACUUUAUAUAAAUAUAAUAUAUUUUAAAAUAAAAUAUUGAAAUAGAGGAAUAUAAAUAUUUUUAUUAAUGAUUAGUCGUUAAAUUUCUAUGAUUUUUUAAAGUUAAGGAUAAUUUAAGUUAUUUUCACUGUUACUACUAAAUAAUACCAAUCGAUUCAUUAUUUUGUCCUUAAAAAAUAAUUUACUACAAAAAUGUAUAGGAAACUAACGACUCAACAUUAAUAAAAAUCUGUAACAACAAAAUUUUAUUUCAAAAAUAAAUUUAUAAAAUGUCUACAUCGGAUUAUUUUUCUUUAAUUUUUUUAUCUUUAGUUUUAAAAAAUGUAAAAUUGGAGAAUCGUAUCGCAAAGCUCUAGUAUAGUCGUUUAGUAAUUGUUAAUAAAAACAAAACUUAUAAAUAUUACAAACAAACAAAAAUUAUAGCAUUUGAUUUCCGUGAGACGCCCUAUAUAACGAGAAAAUGUUUACCAUGACACGACUAAAUACAAUGAGACAUUGCAGUCAAAGGUGCAUUUAAAAGGAUGGGUUAGCUAACCCCAGGCAGAAAAAUACUCAGCGUGAUAAAAUUUUAAUGAUUUUAUGUAGCGGUAUUAGGAGGAAAGAGAAAGCAAGGUUGGGUACCAGUUAAAAAAAAAUAAAUAAAAUAUUUUGGUGUGGACUGUGCCCAUGCUAAUCGGGGAAAGGAAGUGCCAAGGAGGAUAUCUGUUUGCCCCGGGCUGUACAAAUCCUAGACGCGCACCGACUUCAGUAAAUUAUUUAUAAUUUAUAACGUACGCGAUAUAAUAUUACAAAUUAUUGUCAUUAUUGUGCCGUACGAGCAAGUGAAGCGUACGUCAGAUUAAUAACGCGCGAUAGGCCGGGAGGGCGGUUAUAAUUAAAAUCGAACUCCUCCGGCCGUGCGUAAUCGAACGGUCCUAUACAUCACGCGAGCGGGCGCGCGCGCGCGACACCGAUAUGACGGAGUGUCGGCGGGCGAAAAGCGACUUUUGGCCGUUGUCGUCGUCGUCGCCGUCAUCGUCGUCAACAUAUAAUAUUAGGUGGGCGGAUUUCGGCAGUGCUGAAAGCUGCGGCGGCACCGACGACGGCCAAAACGCCCCAACAAGUGACCGUGAACAAGAGGCCGGUACACACAACAGGCGGCGGCGGCGGCGGCGUUUAACUCGAACCCGAAAUCCAUCCCGUGGGAUUACGACGACAACGGCGACGCGCGACGCCGCCGAUGUCCAACCGACCGUGUCGCCCCUGCAGCCGCCGAUCGUACCAUUAUUAUAAUAUUAUUGUUAUUAUUGUGAUACAAUAUUGCAGUGUCGUUUCUGUGACGGCGCGUACAUAAAAGCACCGCGGUCGACAGAUUUUUUUUACACCGAUUUAAUAAAAAAAAAAAACCCCGGUAAUCGUAACGUUAACAGCUAUACUAUAAUAUGCGAAAUUUUAGAAUUUUAUAAAUGCUGAUAAUGUUAAAUGAGUGAAUAUCGCUGUAUUAGGAAGGCAGUUGAAAGGAAGUAGAAUAUAGAGUAAAUUAAUUUAUAUAUUUUGUGCUCAACGUUAAACCAUUGGUAACGAAAAAUACGAUUCGAGUAAUACAAGUAUUAUUCGAAUUUCGAAGUCAUAUUUUACCAUUGCUGUCAAAGAUAACUCGGAAAUCUAAAAAAAAAAAUGUACUGUUUUCCCAAUUUAUUAAGAAAACUACAAUAAAUACUAAAAAACUGACCUCCUCAAAAUACAACCGACUAGAUCAAAAAUUCUACAAUAAGAAAGUUCUUAUAAAAUUUUUGAUUCGAACAAGAUUUCAGAAGAAAUGACACAAAAACUAAAAGACAUAAUUUGUCUUUAACGAAAAAAAUUAAUACAAACAAAGAACGUAUACAAAAAAUUUUAUUUCAAGAUGUGCAGGGUACGAAAGUCAAUCUAACUCUCAAAAAUGUAUCACAAAAUACAAGUGCAAUAAUAAUAACACAAUAUAACUAUUAUGAAUAACAAAUAAUAAUAAAUGUGACGAUAUUUUUAAGCAUAAAAAAAUAUUGUGUAAAAUAUAAAUAUUAUAGUCUUCUUAAAUUUAUUAUGAACGGAAAAAAAAUGUUUUUAAAAAGGGUUAGACCAUAAUAAUGAACUUCCACUGCGGUUAUAGAGAGGUGGUAUACUUGACAUAAAAGUUAUGGACCGAGAAAGAAGAACGAUCGCCCUUUUCCCCCUAUACACACCUUAUCCCCUACGAUCCCUCUAAGCUGUCAAUCAGCUCCGCAGACGACCGUACACGAGGCGAGUCCACGUGCCGAUAAUGGAACAGCUAAAGCGUUUUUGUAAGCACUCAGAUGACAGACCCCCACCAAAAAGUAUCACGUUUAAAAUGCAACCUAAACGUCGCUUAUCAAGUCAACCUGAAAGAAUAACAACUCACAGUUAUUUACUCGCUGACCUUUUUUUUUCUUUUUUUUUUCUUUUUACACUUCCCUUCCUCCAUGACAAAGUUAUUAAACGACCCCCGAAAAAAAAACAUAAUUCCGGCCACUACGUCAACAUUUUACAGAAGCAGCCGUUUCUAAUUAACCCAGCGAAGCGAGAACUAAGCUGCAGUAUUAUAUUUUAUCAAACUACCAACUUUUACUACUAAGUAAUACAUUUUUAGCUCGACAUAAAUCGUAUGCUUUAGAGAUGCGUGCAGUUUUUUUUUUGUUUUAAUAAAGAAAACUUUAAUUAAUUUUCGUAAUAUUAUUUCAUUACAAACUUAUUUUAUACUAUUAUAAUUUAUAUGUAUACACAAAUUAUUUCAUAAAAAUUAAUCUUUUUGGUGAUUAACUAAAUGCAAGUACUUACAUCAUAUAUCGAUUUGCCUUGCGAAUUUUCAAAAUAGUAACAAACUAAUUCCAAUCAUCAUACACACAUUCAUAAAAAGUAUAAUACUGCUAGCAGGCGUUCCACCUUUUUAGAAAGAAGAGAGGAUAUAUAAAGUAAUUCAAGUUAUAUAUUAUGUAAAUAUAAACCAUUGAUAAUGAAAAAUGAUUCUAAGUUUAUUAAUAAUAUUUUCCCCUUUUUGCCAAAGUAACCUCGAAAUCAACAAAAAUUUUACAACGAAUUGUCAGUUUUCCCCGUUUAUUAAGAAAACUACAAAAUAUGAUUUCCCUAAUGUACCAAAUAGAUAAAAAAUUUACAAUAAAGUACCUUUAAAGUUUUUUACUAAAGCAAUAUUUUUGGUAGAAAAGUGAUUUACAAAUACAAAAAAAAUUAGAAUUAAAAAAAAUACAUCACAUUAUAUGAACCAAAUGCUUCACCUAUAACUUAAAAUUCUAAAAUAAUUAUUGAAAUCAAAAUGUGGAAUUUUUAGUCAUCACAAGUAACUGUAAAAGUGACAAAAAUCUGAUUAAUAUAUAAUUUAUAUACUAAGUAAGAACAGUAUAAUAUUAUAUACUUAAUAAAUACACGAUUCCGUGCUUCGUGUUCAUUACUUUCCCUUCGAUUUUCAUUUGUUUUCUUCAUUAUGUAAAUGUAUAAUACAAAUCCCUUGUUUUUUUUAUCCCUCUAUUAUUUUCCCACCCUAUAUACAUUACCGAAUUUAUGACCGUGUGAAAUAAUCCUAUAUAUUAGUAUAUUAAUUCCAUCAUACUUAUUACAAAUCGAUUUUAGUUAUAUCAAUAUUGUCAAUUUUUACAUAUUGUCUGUUACUAAUUUUUAAAUUUCUAAAAAAGUAUAUAACAUAUAAAUAAUUAAGUUUUAAAUUUUAUUUUCACAAUAACGCAAUAUAUGUGACCAAAGAUAUGGUCCCAGGGAGUUAAGGGCCUAAGUCAAUUUGUACAGUUUUCAAUCUAAGCAAACUAAAUUUUGAAAAAUUGUCCACACAACUUAAUUAUAAAAAAAAGCCAAAAAUGAAGUUCAAUCUUUCUUCCUUGGAUCAAUAGAUAUAUUAAAUUAUUUAUGAACAUCCUAUAAUAUCUAUUACUUACGAAAAAUCAUUAAAUAACUUGUCGUCUUGCACUAUAAUAUUGUGGACCCUAGGGUGAUAUUUGGUAGUGGUUUUGUUUACUCACUGCCUGAUGUACGCAAACAAUUUGACGUACUCCCCGUUUUAUUGUCCCCUCGGGAUAUUUUUUUAGUCCCUUUGUUCAAAUUAACUCGCUACAAAUUAUUAUUAUUUAGACUUUAUUUAAUAGAAAAUAGAUGAACUGUGAUAAAUAAAUCAAGAGAAUAUUGUCUAUUAAUAUUAUUAUUGUCUAAAUAUAAUGAAUUGUUGUACAUUGUUAUUGAUUAAUUAUUGGUCGAGUGUAUUAUUAUUUGAACAAUAAACUAAAUGUAGUAAAUAUAUACAACGCCUGCAUAAAUACAAUGUAUAUUAUAAACUCUGCGUUUUUAAAUUGCAAUUGAACCGUACAAUUUACUUGAAAUUUAUAACAUUUCAGAUCCAUAUCAAAUGUUCGGAGCCACCAGCAGUCGUUUAGCUAGUUCUGGUAAGUUAAAGUAUUCAAAUAAUAUAUUGUCAUAAUAUGCCUUCAAUAUAUAAUACUUAAUUACUUUAAGAUUAAUUAAUGGAAAUCGAUUUCGUUAAAAAUAAAUUGUUUAAAUAUUGUAUUAUGUUAUCUUUCCCUUUCAUCUUGACUAAAAUACACUUUCAAAUAUAAUAAGUUUGUAAUUUUCAAAAAGAUAAUAAUAUUAUAUUAUAUGUAUUUAUCUGUUACUUUACAUUAGGUAUAGGUACCUAUUAAAUGUUUAAGUAUAUUGUUUCAAUAUGGUAAUGACUAUCGUGGUUCAUUUUUUUUUUUAUUGUUAUUAUUGCCAAGGGUGUCUAUAUAAUAGCGUAAAAAAUAUUCCCACGCGAUACUUGACACUUUUCCGGCUUUGGUUUGAAUUAUGUUCGGCUUGCGUGUAUACUGAAUCGACUUUUGCCACACUCUCGGCUCACAACCCGUCAUUCGUCACGGUCUAUGAUGCCCCUAACAAUAUCUUAUCUGGCAACCAGGUACAUGUUUUAUAACAACAUAUAUCAAUAUAAAUAAUUAAGACUGUAUACGGUCUCUUUUUUUUCAUUUCUACCUAUUGAUUUAAUAUUAUGGAAACAGUAAACAAAAUAUAAUAUAAUAAUAAUUGUUUUUAAUCGAUUUUAAAUAAAUAAUUUGUAACUAUAAGCCUACAUUUUAGAUACACUCAUAUAUAUAUAUCAUUAUGUUAUUUUAACUUUUAAUCGAGCAAAUCGCGCUUUUGGUAUUUGUUUUAAACUAAAAAAAUUAUACAGUAUAUAUAAUCAUAAACUCAUAACGUAAUCGUGCAUAUAAAAUCCCAUUAGUACUACAUUAUUUUACGUCAUUAAAUAAUAUUAUUUGGAUACUGUACAUCAAUAUUUUGUUUACUUUUGUUAACUUGAAAGACCACUUUAUCCAAAUAUCCGUUAUUAUUUUGAUUAGAGAAAACAAAUUGUAAAUUCGCCUCUUUUAAACAAAUAAUUUAAACUAUAAUAAUAUACGUAUUGUAUGUGUAUGUUGAAACACAGGUUCUGGGCAAAUUCAACUUUGGCAAUUUCUAUUGGAAUUAUUGUCCGACAGCAGUAACGCGGCGUGUAUCACGUGGGAAGGUACAAACGGUGAAUUUAAGUUAACCGACCCGGACGAAGUAGCACGUCGAUGGGGUGAAAGGAAAUCCAAGCCGAACAUGAACUACGACAAAUUAAGCAGAGCAUUAAGGUAAACCAAGUCGUGGAUUACGACAAAUAAUAAAUAUUAAGAUAGAUAAAAAAUUAUUUAGAAAAUGUGAAUCAUAUAUCGAAUAUAAUAAUAAUAUAUAGUUUAAGACAAGGGCAUAUAAAUGCUCUAACUUACGAGCCUUCAAUACAAAUUUUGUCUACAAUAACAUUUCGACGACAGUGUUUGAUGAAAAUAACCAUAUACCGUAAAUAUCAUUAAACUUUUUUCGUGUACCGAUUUUCGGCAUUUCACCUCGAACACACCUCCGCAAUUGGAUUUAUAUACGCAGAACACCCCGCGUGUGUUCCGGCAGCGGCUGACACGUAGUAUUCGCUCAUCCGCUGCGUACCUACCAAAGGGCGAACGUGUAAUAUAUCCUAAUUACGGGGUAAGGGCGGUGCAGGCGACGGAAUAGAAGCGAAGGGGUGUGAAACUGGCUUUGGGCGCUCUAAUUGUGCGCGAGGGGUUGUUGGUCGGUGAUUGCCACUGAUUGUGCGUUAAUCACUCACGCCCUUCCUCGCCCAUGGAGAAAACGCGACGAUACAACUGGAAACGUUUAUUAAUUCCGUGUGCGUAUGUAUAUAUAUAUAUAUAUAUAUAUAUAUAUGUAUACGCACAGAAACUGUUUUAUUAUAUAGGCGCACACCGAUUCCUCACUUAUAAUCCGGACAUUUUGUUUAUCGAUUUUACCGUUUCGUCCCGGUGUGAUUGAAAAUAUUCAAUUCUUUAUCGUUGUAAAAAAGAUAUAUACAUAUACAGCUGUCCCAUGAAGAUAUAUCCAUUGUAAUAUCUCUAAAGAUAAUAAAUAUAAUCAAAUUCUGUUUUGUUUAUAUUAUUCAUAAGGAUAAAAACUAUAAACAUUUAUAUUUAAAUUAAUUUUUUAUGUGUUGGUAAAAAAAUAAUUUUUUAUUUUAUUAUUUUAGAAAAAAUUGAAAAAUGAAAUUUUAUAGUUUAUUCUUCAGAAAAUUUUGACGUUUCAAAUUUUAUUUUCAUUAAAUUCACGAUUUUUAAUAAUUUUUUAGUUAGAGAAAAAAGUGAUUAGUUAAUUAGCCAUUAUAAUAAUAAUCAAUUAGCGAAUGCAAUUACAGUAGAGUGCAUAAUUAUAGGUACUUUAGGUACUUUUUAGUACAUAGGUACUUUUCGCUGAACUUUAAAAAAUUAUUAAAAACCAUGAAUUUAACGAAAACAUUUAAUUUAAAAUUAAAACGUCAAAAUUGUCAAAAUAAUAAACUCUAUACUAGAAGUAUUCAAACUUUUUCAUCCACAGCUCCUUUAUGUCUUCACAAAAUUUUACGGCUCCCAAAUAAUUAUUAAUGACAAAAAAAAACUGUUACACCUACGUACAAUUUUUCCUAACAUUAACUAUAAAUCGUUGAAUUUUGAGAAUAUUUUUAAGCAUUUGAUGCAGUUAUGAUAUUUAAUCGAUUUGUAAAAAGUGUACAUAAUAAUUUAUCAAUUAUUCAUAUUUUUUUACAAACACACACACUAAAAAAUGUACAUUUACUUAUAAUCAUUCAAGUUAUUUAUUUUUUUAUUCGUCCCUAUACUUGCUCUAUAAUGAUAUAUUAAUAAUAAUUCCAUAUUGCAUCACGCGAUUACAAAACUCAUUCGAUGUUUUUGACUAGGAAAUGAAAUUAAGUCAACGGGAUUCAAAAGGGGACCGGAUAUAAAUUGAUGACCGUGGGUAGGAAAACCAUUUACCGUCAACUACGCAGUUAUUACGACUGGGAAUCAUUCCCAUUUAGGUCCCUGCAGACCAUCAUAUAUACUUCCGACUAUACAAUAUAUCCUACCUAUACCUGAUGUUUAAUCGACCGCACAAAACGAUAAUAUUUCAACAGCAAUAAAUUGUAUAACCUUUAAAAGACGAGUAAGGUACAAUAAUUAUAGGUAUUAUUCGUCUUUUGAAAAUAAAACGUAAAAUAAAACCUUGAAAAUAAAAGGAAAUUAUAAAACUCUAAAAUAAACAAAACAAAAGUUUUUGUGAAUAAUAAUGAUGUACAAAAAUAUAAAAAAUAUACUUAUAUUAAAAUAUAUACAUAUUAUAUUUUGUUAUUUUUUUUUGCUUAUAAAAAUAUGUGCACGUCCUUAACAUGAUAUUGUAUUCGAUCGGUUUUUGCAGGUAUUACUACGAUAAAAACAUAAUGACGAAAGUGCACGGAAAAAGAUACGCGUACAAGUUCGACUUCCAAGGAUUGGCAGCGGCUACUCAGCCGGCGGCCGCAGAUCCCACCGCGUACAAAUAUCAGUCGGACUUGUUUAUGACGACCUAUCACCACCAUCACCAUCAUUCACCGAAAUUAAACUUCAUUUCACCUCACGCGCCCGGAAUAACGUCUAGUACAGGUAAAUAUUAUUAUUAGAAUGUAGCUUAUAACUCUCCUCUAGCUAUACUUUUGAAUAACUUUAAUAUACAUUCAGCGACUUCAUUAUGCCUAUAGUCCCACAGAAAAAAAGCCUUAAGUCAACUUUGUAUAAUUUUCAAUACAACCAAAUUACAUUUUGAAAAUUAUUGCUCAAGAACAAAGUAGCAAGAUUAUUACUAAACGGCUAAAUUACUUAACAGCCUAAUCUAAAUACAAUCAUUCUAAAUAUCUUAAAUCGUUUAUAUAAUUUAAUAUAAUUUUAUAAUUGUGCCUUUUUUGUCAAACAAAAAAUGCAUCGUAGUAACUUAAGAUAUUUUAAUCUUUAGUAUAACAUGAAUAGUUAGAAUAUGCAUACACGUAUGCGAUUUAGGAUAAAAUUAAAAUUCCAAAAGUUGCCUUAAUCCCUGCUUAUUCCCUGGAACCAAAGAUAUAUAUUGUCAAAAUAAUAUUAUUCUAAUAAAUUAUCAUUUUUUUGUGUUAUAAACAAUACAUUUUAGCGUGUCUGAAAGAAAAAAAAAUAUUGUUAUACUCGUAUCCCGCAAAAAGGUAUUAACCUAAAUACGAAAAGUCAUUAACUUCCAUAUAUUAUAUUUUUUUUUGUUUUUUUUUUUUUUUUAACGGCAAUAAAUAAAAACUUAAAGGGAUUCAUAUUAUGGUAACGUAAAACCGACUAGUGUAAUUUCAUAUUAUAUAUUAUUAUUUGUAUCAACGAUUAAAAAUUUACGUUUUUAAUUUAUUACUGUACAUUAAUAUAUUGUGAAAUAAAUAAAAUAUAUUAUUUUGAAAUAAUUUAGAGUCUACUAAAAAUAAUAUAAUUUAAAAAAAAAAAAUCAAUAAUGUGUACUGGAAUUCUACGUUACCUUUAUACACUUUUAAACCAUUAUAAAAUAGUAAAAACAAUCAGUGACAUGAUGGAGAACAUUUAUUUGAGAGGCGAUAAUCGUCUCCGAGAUUUUUAGAAAAUUUGGAAGAGGGUGUCUAAUUUAUAUUUGACAUAAUAAUUGAAUAAUAGAAAUUGUUAUAGAUUAUAAUUUAAUUGUCUGUUAAUAUUAUCUGUAAAAAUAAUGACAACAAUAAUUAUAAUAAGUACUAUUAUGUGUUCAAUAUCACGUAUGUACUUUACUGUUUAGUUUUAAUGGAACGCAUGAAAUGAUACAUUUUUUCGCAUUUUUAUCAAAAUUCAUUUUCAUUAAAAUUUGAAUUAUUUGCGCUUAUAAAACAAAUUACAACAUUAUGCUUAAAUAUUUUUAUAGAAAUUUGUAUUAAAUUUUCAGAAUUUUCGCUUGGGGAAAACAAUUUUAAUCACAUAAAAAACAAAUAAAAACCUAAAAAAAACUCGACAAUUUUCAGUAUCUAUAAUUAUCUGAAAAAUGUCCAGAAUAUUUUGUAAAUUUUACCAGCGAAAACAGCUAUUCGAUAUUCUGUGAAAUUUCCGGCCUCUAAGACUAUUUUUCACUGAAUUAUGUUUAAAAAUUGAUAUAAAGGGAAAGCGGGGGUAAAACCCCCUCGGGUUAUGUUUGGUUCCAAUAAUAACAAGAGACAUUAAUUUUUUUUUUUUUUUAAGUCUUCUAUAGUCCCUCUUUUAUUUUUCUAUUCAAUCAAUGACAACUACUGAAUAGUAUUCAGUGUUUAUUAUUUAAACUACACACAUAUUUUGAGCGAGUCAAAGCCAAAACAAUAUUUAUGAUGAUGCAACGAGAGACCUUAUUUGACUGAGACUACAAUGGGGCAUAAACAUUUUACAAAGUUUUGGAGAUCUUCAUGAGUGGAUUGAGAAAGGGGAUAAACCUCAAACUCCACCUUAUUUGUACCUACAGUGUUUAAAAAUAAUUCUAUUUAAUUCAAUUUUUAAAUACCUAAAACACAUUUCUAUGUUAAGACAAGUCGACCGCUACACAAGAAUCAGACAGGUACGCAAAAAAAACUUUGAAUAAGGUUCAAAACAAUUGGUAAUAAUUAAUAUUGUACCUAUAAUACAAUAACAUGAUCUACUCUCUACGCAACAUUUGUUGGUGUCUCUAUAACUUGUAGCAUUGCAUAAAAUUAUACAUAUAAUCCUAAGCGUACAUACAUUUUAAAACAGAAUUUAUAACCACAGGUAUACAACAUUUUUCUAUUAUAGUUGAAACAAUGUACAUAUAUUACGAAAAAAAAAAAUAAAUACAUUUUCUGAUUUGCUCAUGAAAUUAAUUUAAAUAAAUACAAAAAAAUACAAAACUUAAUUAUAAAAAUUAAAUUAGUUAUUAUAUGAAGUAUUACUAAAUAAAUUAAAGUAUAUAAUUGAUUUUAUGAACUAAGAAUUCGAUUUUACAAUUUACUAUUAAAUCACAACAUAAGAGACAAAUUGUUUGAUAAACUAUUACUAUUUAAAAUUGUACUAUGAUUUGUUUAAAAAAUUAAAAAUAGCCAUUUUUUAGAAUAAAGUUUUAGUGGUUAGUGCUAUAAUUGUAUAAUAUUGACUCAUGGAAAAGAAAGUCCUUGUGAUUUGAUGUGCUCUGACUAACGAUUAAAUAAUAUAAUAGAUUAAAAACCACAAUAAUAUUCAUGUUUGCAAAAAUUUCAACAAAAUGCAGAAAAUAAAAGACCAUACCAUACUUGUACAUAUACAUAUUUGAUACCCAAACAAAAUUUUUAACCACCAAACAUUUUCUGAAAAUCUAUAUUACACAAUGGCUAUUUUGAAUUUGUUUCAAGAAAUUUAAGUCAAAUUUCAAUUUUUUUUAUUUUAAGUCUUAUUUUUAUUUAUUUAGUAUAUAUUAACUGUUGUAUCGCAGAGGCAAACUAAUUAUUUUCAAAAGAUAUACACGAUUAAAAAUAUUGAAUAGAAAAAAAGUUAUUUCAAGUGUCAGAUCAUUGUGUGUUUAUAUUAUGUAACCUAUUUAUUUUGUAUAUAUAUAUAUAUAUAUAAAAAAAAAAAACCAUAGGAAUAGUAAUUGUUAAAAAGUACUUUUUGUAAAUCGGACGAUUGCUCUCUUCUUCUCCCGGCAGUGACGAAAUUAUUCGACCGCCACCGCGCCUGCUUCCACUCGGAAUAAAUAACAAUAAUAAUAAUAAUAACUAUCGAGUUUUUCGUUACGAUACUAUCGUGUCGGCGCGUUGAAAUCCCGGGCCCUAAAAUCGGUCGCGACGAUUCGCAACGAUAAUAUUACGACGGGUGUUCGCGGCGGCGGCGACGGAUUUUUCCCCGUUUGUCACCCGCCGCCGACGCCGUUGCCGCCGACCGGUAAAACUAGACAAACACCUCCGGCGGCCGCUUACGAAUAAAACCGUACAUUAUGUAAACGACGGCGACGACGACGAUUGUGCGUUUAAAGCGUGAAAAUCGCACGCGGGGACCCAAGAGCAUCGCGAACGGGCGAAACGCAAACAAAACUUGUCAACCGCACGCCUUUUACCGGCGACGGCGACGGCGGCGGCGGCGGCGGUGGCGGCGGUGGUGGAAAUUUACACGGAGCAGUCGUGACGGCGGCCGCGGCGACGAGGGUGCGCUCAAAUGUGUGUAUAAUAAAUCGCGUUGCCGGCGGGCGUGAUGUGUAUUGACCCGUUUACGUGUACGUAUAUAUAAGCGACGUAUACGUGUACACCUACUUAUAUACACUGGGGGGGGGGAGAAAGAAAAAAAAACGGAGGAAAAAAAUGAAUAGAAAGAAGAGUCUGUACGCGAUAACGUUUACGUAUAUACACACCUAUAUACCUAUGUAAUAUUAUAAUAUACGCUGCACUCGCACGCCCGUACCCUUAAAAGCGCAGUCGUGUGUAUGUGCUUUGAACUAUAGACGUGUGUGCAUUUUUUUUUUUCGUAUUUUUUUUUCUUCGCGAUUCUCCAAACGAUCCUUUCCCUGAACGCGCAAUAAAUAGUAUACAUUCUUUUUAUGGUCAAUAACGACAACAAUAAUAAUAAUAAUAAUAAUAAUACAAAUGUUAAACUAUCGGUAAACCAACACGGCAAACGCACUCCGCAGUCGUGUACGCGUCACGCCGCGGGGUGUUCGAUAUUAAUUCUUCUCGACUCGUCUAAUAAUAAUCGAUAUCCGUAAAUUUAAGCGGAAAAAAAAACGCUAUCACGUGUAAUACGGCGGCGCGUCGGUAAAAUAUAAAAACGUAAAAAAAAAAUUCAUCUCCGUCCCUUCAGAUAUCUGUACAUUAUAUCGCACGCUUCGCCCCGUUCGCGAGAUUAAUUUCGGCUAUUGUCGAAAAACGAACGCUGCCAGCGCCUUUAAUUUAACGACAAUAUGCAAAUGCCGGGAGAAACUUUUAUUUUGUGCUCGCGUAUACAUUCGGACGGCGAACGUGUUGGUGCAACAGCUACCUAUAUAUUAUUAUUAUAUAAGUUACGUGCGGCAUUCGGACGAAUAUUAACCUAAAUCGAAUCCCCUAAAUUGCCAACGAAUUUGCAUAUCAGACGCGCGCUAUUGGAUCGCGAGUUGUGCGGAACGGCCAGGUUAAAAAGUUUCAAAAAAAAAAAAAAAACCAAUGACAUUAUUGUUAUAAAAUGCGGCGCCCCCGGGACGUCAUAAUGCGUAACGUAUACGUUUAUAUUAUGACGCGUUUAUGUUACCGUGAAUCAAUUGGGACCGUAUAUUUAUAGGGAGGGAGGAUUAUUGGCUCUAUAGUUCCCCUCUAUGUCCCCCGUCGUCGUGUUUUUACUCUCGUAAAUUAUUUCCGAAUAAUAUUCUAGAACGAACGAUAAACAUAGUCGUGAUAUUAUAAGAUUUCGGCAACGCGGCCCAAUCGUAUAUUAACAUACUGAACACGAAAUAAAAUGCAACCCAACGUUGUUUUGCAUACAAAAUUGGCGUCUAUUUUCGAUUAAUUUCCUAACGAUAGAAUUUUAGUUUUAUACGUGUAUAUUUUUUUGUUUAGUGUUUAUCAUUCAAUAUUCCAAAUUAAAAUAAAGUUAUUGAAAUAUUACGCUUUCGGACCAUUGCCAUUUAUCCUUAUCAUUUUCGGACGUCUGCGCCCUACCGCCCUAUCCAUACACCAUAAUAUAUUAUGAUCUAAGUUCCGUGAUUGCACGGAAUAGCACCAUAAUAAAAACAAACCAAUUUUAAUCAAAUCAUUUCUUUUCCUGGGGCACACUUUAUUUUGUGGGGAACAAUAUUUUACAGAUAUGCCUGUUUAGUUAGUCGCGUACCGCGUACUCGGGCAUCCGCGGUAACAUAGGGUACAUGGUUUAAGCGAACGAUUCGGAGGGCAUAACGACCGCCGAAGCGCCGCCACCUCGUGAUUUAUACGCGAAGGCAAACACGGUUAUAAUAUUAUUAUUAUGAUACUACACAAUAUUAUUAUUAUUGUCGGGAGACCGUCGUCAGACGCGUUGUAAAUUCGUCGGCCGGCACCCUUAAUAAGCGCGGGCCACCGCCGCGGCGAACAUUAAGAGGCUGGAGAUUUAGUGGCGCGCGCGGACCGACGACGGUGGCGAUAUUUAUACGCCGAAACGAAUCGUCUGUCUCAUUAGCCGUCCACAAUGGGCCCUUAAUGACUGCAGCGCGCCUUCGCCGUCCGGCCCUCGCCACCACGCCGCGUUUAAUGACUAUACGCGCGGGACCCUUCUUUAUUUUUCCGCGAUGCGCCAGUCCUGUCUGCACCAAGACAUUGUAUCCAGUGAUUUUUCGCUCGGGCGCCCGGCACUAUAAUACACCGUAACGCGCGCCAUAUAUUAUAUUAUUACAUAAUACGCUACUCGUCAACGCGUCAUCAAUAACGUCAAAUUAUGAUCAUCCUAAGCGGUUAUUAUGUCGUACAAUAAAACACACGAGUAUUAUAAAUCGUUGUCGUUCUCGGCCGAAGCGCGACGUGACAAAUUAUUAUUAUUAUUAUUAUUAUUCACGAGGCGCGGCAGCGGCGCACGGUGCGCGGCUUCCGUCGUCAGUCCGACGAAACGAAUAUCAUCACCAUGCUCUCGUGUUCUCUCCCCGCAUACGUAAUUAUAUUGAAAUACAUGGGAAUUGACAAUUCGCCCAAAUUAAUCCGUCCUAAUAUUGUAAUGGUAACAUCCGUGUUUGCCAUAUUAACAUUCGAGGAGAAAGAUUAUUAUAGUAACGAUAAUCAUUAUUGUGUAGUGGCGACCACAACCGAAUUAAUCAAUUAUUAAAUUAUUUUCAUUGAUUAGACACCUUAUAAUUUUGUCCUUUUUGAAUUGUAUAUUAUACAAAAGUACGUUUGUUAUUAUUCCUGUCCAUUUUAUCUUGAACAUUUUUCGAUAACGCCACGCAUUUCAAAAUCCUUUAGUUUUAUUUUCCGUAACGAUUAUCCAAAUGUCAUAGUUGUGCAAAUUCGCAUAGCAUUUACAAACACUUCCAAUAACUUUACCCUUACCAGCAUAUUUAUUAAUAAUAAUUAAUACACAAGAUAGCAUAAUCUGCAUUUAACAUUGUAUAAUAUGCGUCCGACUAGGCAUCGAGUAAAAAUAUUCAAAAAAUAUGUCAAUCUGUCGCGAAAUAUCAUCAAUUUAUAUAAAUAUACGAAAUGUAAAAAUUUAAAUCGCCCUUAAAAAUAAUAAUAAAGAAUUAAUUAUACAAACUUUUUCACAAAUUGAACAAUUCAUAUUAUUAUUAUUAUUAUUAUUAUUAAUAUUAUUAAUUUUUUUGAUUAUUUUCAUACAAUAAUUUGUCAUUAGUGUAAAAUAUAAGUGCAUCGGUCGAAAUAAUAUGAUAAUUGUUCGUCCCCGAGGAUGGGAUUGAUAGACGGAGCGAUUAAAAAGCGUUAACGAGGUCCGGGUACACGGAGAUUUAAAAAGAAAAAACCGUCAAAUAUGCGAUCAGUCAUGUUUUUCGUGCUGCAGCAGAGCGGAAUCAUUCGUGUAAAACACGCGUGGGGCGAGGCGGUGCCGAUGAAAGACAGAAAGAAAGAGAGACAGAGAGAAAGAGCGCGCGAAAGAGCGCGAGAGCGAGAAUGAGAACGGGGAGAGAGAAAGAGAGAGAGAGAGAGAGAAAUAACGGGAUAGAUACAGAGAGAACGACAAAAGCGAUCACGGACGAGCUUUUGUCGGGCGUCAGUCCCGGCACCGGAAAUUGCUUGGCGCUGCUGAACCGAUAGCGCGCAUCUCGCUGCCGCCACCACUGUUCCCCGGGACCGAAAAGCGUUUAUUAAAGGCCCCGGCGGCGGGCCGCGAGCAAACUCCUCCGAUCCACAACGACACUACAGCAGGCAAGUUACCCAAACAAAUGCGACCGCGUUGUUGUCUUUGCUAAACACACGCGCACACGCGCGCGUAAGUAAUGUUAUUCGAACCGUAGGGUAAGCGUCAGCGCACACGAGAGACGGUUCGAUAGCGGUCCACGGAGUGCGACGAAUCGUGCGCGUUUGGCUUACAAACACACCUGAACCGUGUCCGAAAUUUCUACGUAGUACCGUAAGAUAUCGAUGAAAUCACCCCCACCCGUCCCUCUUAAAGAAAAAUUGAAAUGCUCGUCGCGUUAAAGCGGCGUGGAAAUGAGUCUACCACGUAAUAAAACAUUUCAAAUGUGCUUUAGUUAGUGUUAUAUACCAACUAAACACUUGCGGAAAUAAAUCUUAAACUAUGUACGUAUAAUGAGAAUUUCGCAGUUAUUAUCGAGAAGAUCUAAAAAUAUAAAAAAUUUGGAUCACGGAACUCGUAAAAAGCUUUUUAGUGUCAGGCCGACCCGCGUGGUCCAUUACGGAUCGAGACUUGAAAUUGUCCGUUGUCAACAAUCGGUGGAGUGUACUGGAUGUGAAGGAUAUUGGAGUUAUAUCUCUCGCCCCUGUUGACUUAAAAACAUACAUUAAAUAUGAGUAUUUACUUACAGCUAUUUAAUCUUGAAAUAAAUACAUUUCAAUGGUCAAGCCAAAUUACUAGCAAAAAGCUUUAUGUAGUGAAUAUUAAUAUCAAUCGACUCUUUUAGGACUUUUAAAUCCCUAUUGUCGAGUUAGGUGUAAAAGAAGAUUCUGCAAUUUAUUCUUGAUUAUUUUAUUAACUACAUCCCCUCCCGUUGAACAUUUCUUGGCACACUACUGGUCCCUGUACAUAGUAUAUAUAAUAUCAUUACUCAUAUGUUUAUUGUGUAUCUCGUGUACCUUUUUUAUCUCGUAUAGUACGGGAAGAAAUUCGAUAAUAUUAUCCUCGAGUAUGCGAAUUGUACGAUUGACAUUCAAAUCGUCAUCGAACGACUUACAGAAACUUUCGGCCAUCCAACUGCUAUAAAUCGCACGCACCCCGUGGCAUGUACUCGUGACGACGCCGCCACACGAUCAAGUUUUGCUAUUUAAGUAUAUAAGUGGCGACACGUGAAACACUCUCGAACGCAACUUCGUGAUUCAAAUCCCCCGAAAGCAAGUAUAAGGCGUGUUUGGUAUUUUUUAUUUUUUUAUCUCUUAAAAAUAUAUUUUCGCAACAAGAUUUCCAUACCAAUAGAGAGACAGCUGCGCCUACGUGACUAUAUAGGUAUAUUAUUAUAAUUCACGAGAGUACUGCAGCCAUUGUUCGGCAAAGUUUAAAGUUUUCAGUAAUAUACGUACCUAACGCGUUGUACAGCAUACAUAUAGGUAUAAACUACAUAUACGAUUAUAUAAAUGAAUUAAAAAACAUGGAUUAAAAUUUUAAACACCGUUAGUUGAGGUCAGUAUCGAGGAUCUACAAAUUAUUUUAACCUAGGGCGAAACACAUUAACACGCAUCCAUGUAUCAUGUAUAAGUUACCCAAAUAAGUUGAACUAUUCACCUUCGUGUAUCUUUUAGACACUUUCUAGUUAUAAUUGUCUCCCCUAAAAAAUACAACACAGGUUGAGGCCACUAUAACUUUCACAUAAAUUAAUAAUUUGAAACCUAAAUCUGAUUCAACCUGAUAUCGAAUUUUCAAAAAAAAAAAAUUAUUCUCGAAAUAAUUGCAUUUUGUCAUACAAUAAAAUACAAUUUAGUUGAAAAUAAUAAUGAUAGUGGAAUUCGUCAUUCGUUAACCAGUUGGCGAUAUAUUCCGCUUUUAAAUUUAUAUAAAGGUGGGAGUAGUGAAGCACUACUUAAAUACUAAUCCUCCUCUACUAAAACUUAAGAAUGGAAUAAUGCCCCUGGUUGAGGAUGGACAAAAAUUUUAAAUGUUAACACCAUAAAGUAUUUUUACUAAAACGACAUCUAUUUAUGUUAUAGGUUGCUAUUUAAAAAUCAUAUUUAUAUAGUUUGUAGGUAUUAUAAGAAAUAUAUAGGUAUAUAUAUUACACUUAGGUUUAUUUUUUUUUAGAAAAAUAUAAUAAAUGUACAUUAAAAUGUAUAACUUACACCUAACACACCGUCACAGAAUCCAAAUAACAACAAUUAUUUUAAUUAAUCCAAUAAAUGUAUGGCAUUCGUGCAGUAAAACUUUCUUUGAACUUUCUUUCGAACUUAAAUAUCGACGAAACCACGAACGGAGCUCUAUAUUAUUUCAUUUAAAAGUUUCAUCGUCGAAGUCAAAAUGCAAUGUAGUUAUUUGCCAUAGACGGUCUAAAUAUGAAAUGUUAAUAUUUAUAUAAUACGAUGUACCUAUUUACCACAAUAAACUAAAAUUGCAUUUGUAAUAAAAUGUCCACUGUUUGACUAGUUGUGCGUGUACAGCAGUAUACAGACUGAAAUAUAAUUGUUACGAAACGAGGUACGACAAAAUCAAUUUCGAAAAAUCCAUUAGUUUGUAAUUUCAUUUGUCAAUAUGUUCGUUUCGGUCGAACACCGAACAGGGGUUUUUGUCCAUCGCAAUAACCCGUGAAAUAUUGGAAACGAAACCCCUCGGCUAAAACCGCUUACCCGUUGGCAAUGGGAAAAAUACAUUUUCUGCAAUAACUAAGUUUUCCCUUUUGGUUUUUAUAUGUUGUUCCGGUGCACGAAUAUUCUUCGGCUUUUACCAGACAAACCCAAUUACGGUAUAUAAUAAAAAGGAAGCGAUUAUUUUAACGUAUUUAUUGUCCGGUAAAUGCGUAUAGACAUGUAUAAUAAUAUACGUUUAGAUAUAUUCCUAUAACAACAGUUGGCCGCCAGUUCUGAUUUCAUUUUAAAUUAUUCGUAUAUAUAUAUAUAAAAAAAAAAAAGAUGUUUUAAUAAAAUGCCAAUUUGUUUUAUUUAAUAAAAUCACUUUAUAUGAUAACGUUCAAUGUCAAAUGAACAAGUAGGUAUUAAAUUAUAAACAUUUGUAUUUUGUUUUUACUUGUAUACAAAUAUGAAAUAGGUAGGUAUCAAGAACUGAGUAUUGGUAUCGGGUAGAAUAUGAUAUAAUAUCGAAAUAGAACAUGUAGGUAUUUAUUGAAUAUCGAAUUCUACAUUUUUGGUAUCACCUAUCUCUGCAUUUUAAGAACAAAAUUGCAAACCCAAACAAAAGCGAAAAUAAAGAAACCGUUAUUGAGUCAUUUUUCCCGUUUUACCAAAUAUCCAAUCAUUAAGAAAACUAUUAUCUAAUAAAAUUUAUAAAAAAAAUGACCUCUCAAUAUACCAACUAGACAAACUUUGCAACCAGACACUCAAUCAUUAAGUUGUUCACAAACUAAAAAAAAACAAAAUUUCCUAUUAAAACCAACGAUAGUGUAUUUCUCGCUUAGCAGCGCAUUAUUAGUAAAGUUUUGUUCAUUUCAACAAAGAGCGUACACUUUUUUGCAUUGAUUUUAACACUUGGUUGUAGAUUUGACACCUAUAUACACAUUUGAUAAUGUGAUAGAUGUGAUUAGUGUAUUCUUUAUCAACAAAUUACGCUUUAGAUUCUAAGUGGAGUAAAAAAGCUUGUGGUUUUAGAAAGAUGUUUAUUUUUUUUUCUGUAAACAACUUUUCUACCACAAGUAUUGCUCCAAUUUACAAUGAUAUCAAUUUUUCUAAAACGAAACCUGACUGGGUAGGUAUUUUAGAAAGGUCAUUUUUUUUGAUUUUCUUAGGAGUUUCUCAAUAAAUAGGAAAAAUCAAGGAAAAAUAUGAGAAAACGAGUAAAUAGGUACAAUAUUAAAUAAAUAUUAUUAAAGAAAAUAUAUAAUGGUUAUUUAAUUAUUUUACUCUAAUAUGACAUAUAUAUUAUUGACAAAGUAACACUAUCAACUGAACUCUGCUCAGAAUCGUUUUUUCGUUAGCAAUAAUUUAACGUUGCUUACAAAUUUACAUUGAAUUUCCCCUCUACUACUAUACAAAUUUUAAAAAAACAAAAAACACUUACAGAGAGCCACAGCGUUAUUAGAUUUCAUUGUUUUUAAUUUUUGCAAACUAUGUUUUUUACCUGAAAUAUUAUGAUCUUUUCAAAACAUGUAUAACCGAACUUCGCCCCAUAUCGUUUUUUGUUAACAAUGGUUUAUCGUUGCUUAAAAAUAUAAAUUAAAAAUAAUAAAAUACAUUAAUAGCGAAUUAACGAAAAAAAAAAAAAAAAACAGGGGAUCGUGUGGAUCCCAGCUAGGAUAUUGAAGUCCACUAUUCAGAAAAGAUUGAGUUUGGAGUUUAAAAUGUCCGUUUCUGUUUCCAUUCACUAUGGAGUAUGCGCUUCCGGCGUCGCACGUCACGCUAAACGGUAAACAGACCGGUAGCUAGUCGUAGUCCGCAUAUUAGAAAAAUCAUUUUUUGCAAUUUGCAACGUUACAAUUUAUGUAACGAAACCAUCGUUGUAUCCACGAUGUGUAUGAUGGUAAUAAACGCAGAUUACGGAUAGUACCAUUUCAUUUUACAGCGCGCGCUCUAUUGGGGCGGUCCAGAUGACUUAGAUAAAAUAGUAAUUGGCAAAAUAACUUCUCUAUAAUCAAUGCUAAUAUGUUAACUCGACGCGUGUGUUUUUCGUCUACAGGCAGCAUAUUCCCGUCGGCGUCGUCGUACUGGACAAACCCGGGCGCCAACCUGUACUCGAAUAUUGCGGCCGCGUCCGCGUCGCACUCAAUGGGCCACCACCAUCAUCCGGGAGCCAGCACGGCCGUCAGCCACCACACGGGCGUCUCACCGCACCUGGCCAGCUAUUCGCACUACGCGUCACCAUGA